GCAGUUUCCUCUGGGCGUCCAUUUCAGCAGCAGGCUGCAAUUAAUCAGCGGAGAAAUAAGGCGAGGAGGAGAAGGAGAAGCGAGGAAAGGAAGCAGGAGAAGAGGACCAGAAAGGGGACCAGAAGGGGUCCACCCCAUAGACCACCCUGCCAAGGCUCCCCGAGCGCGUUUCCCUUCCUGGGUGUGGGGCAGAGGAGCGUUUGCAAAGGAGCCUCCUGGCCUUUGGGAUCUGGGGAUUCUGCUUGUUUUUGAGAAAAUCUCUGCACCCCACAGAAGACCCUUGGCAGAUGUGAGUGGAUGGGGUGGCCGGGGGCUGCCACCCGGGUCCCUGGGGCAGGAGGGGCGCUGCCUGCUUGGGUGCGCCACCCUCUUCCUCCAUCCCUGCAAAGCCCACCUCGGGUGGGGCUUGCCCGGGGCUUCUGCCCAGAGCGGGCACCAAAGUCUCAUCCCCUCUCCAGCCCCAAAGCUAUGGCGAGAUUUCCCCCACCUCCAUUCCUUUCUGGGCCAGAAUCCCAGCUGGGCUGGAUCGCUCUGAGCCGGGCUUGAACCUCGCAGCUGGAGAAGCCUCUUCCAUCAGCUUUCGGGGGGACAUCUCCCUUUUCAGCCCCCCAAAUCUGGUUUUCCAUCCCUUGAAGCUUCCAGAAGGAGACACAGGAUCGAAGGAGAUCCCGUCGCAGCUUAGAGACAGAGAAAUAGAACGAGGUUUCUAAUAUAUAUGCAGUUGCCAGCAAGGAAUAUUAUAUAUCUCAGUGGGAUUUUUGCAGCGUCUUGAGCUCCCCUCCACUGAAAAAGGGGGAGAGGAUUUUGCUGUGGCUUUGAGGGCUUUGCAUGCCACCAAAGGCCAUGCAGUGAGAAGGAUGUCUCUGUCCAGACUGAACAGUUUCCUCAAUGGCUUCCUGGAGGACCCCUCUGAGACGGAGGCGGCAGGGGCAGGAGACAUGUCCGGGGUCCUCAAGCGCUUAGAGACGGGGACCGUCCUCACCCUCUUCUACCAGAAGAAAUCCCAGAGGCCCGAGCGGAGGAACUUCCAAGUCCGCUUGAAAAGCAGGCAGGUUGUCUGGAGCCGAACCCCAGAGAAGGUGGAAGGGGAUGGUGAGUUGGCCGGGGGCCUGCCGUGGUUUGGGGCGCUAUGGUUUGGGGUGGGGGGGGGGAAGGUGGGGUGGACCGAGAACGUGAGGUCUGGUGCAAGAUGCUGGAGAAGACUCCAUGGGUCUUUGCCGAGAGGGAACUAGUGUGGAGUUUGCUCAAAAGUGCUCUGCGCUGGGCCGCACUCUGACCCACUGGCCCAGGUUAGCGAGUGGAGGACACAGUGUUAGAAACUCAGAUGGAUUAGCUAGGUGCCAACUGCCUCCUUAAACCAGGGUUACAGUCGUUAAAACAGAAUGCCUGGUUGCUAAUUUGGGGCCAGGCAGCUUUUUCAAUACGACUCUUUGGUUCCUGAUUGUGCAGAUAAAAUAUUUAAUGGGUAGAAUUCUGCAGGGUGUGGUAUUUGUGUGUGAAAACAGUCCAAGGACCCCCAGGCAUGCACCUCCAGAUGGAGGAGACGUCAGGAGCCAUCCUGGUGCCUGGGCAUCGUCACUUGGUCGCAACUGGCCCAUAGCCAGGUGCAAAAUGCGCCUGGCGAAUUUCUAACCCUGGGAGGAUCUUGGCAACCCCAGUCUUAGCAGCCAUGUAUCCUUACGAUGUUGCACAUGUGUCCUUGGGGAAACCUGGCCACCAGGGCUGGCACACCAGGGAGUUGUGAGGGCGCUGGCAAUGGGCAGGGAAGUGUUGUUGAGUCAGUCAAACCUUGUGGGAUCUGAUGACACAGGUGAGGCUGUUCUGGAAGCUGUUAUUAUGAAGACCAUGGUAGGUUGAGUGGAGAUGUUCUGGCUUCUUCUGGCUUCUGUGGAUGCCUUAGUUCAGCCUUUCUCAACCUGUGGGUCCCCAGAUGUUGUUGAACAACAACUCCCAUCACCACUAACUAGCAAGGCCAGAGCUCAGGGAUGAUGGGAGUUGUAGUCCAACAACAUCUGGGGACCCAUAGGUUGAGAACCGCUGCCUUAGUUUAUUGGGAGAUGGAACCAUGAUUGUUUCCCCCAUUCAGCCCAAAUCCUGACACUGCUGUUCGUUUUGUAGACUUUCUCCAGAAGGAGCAGAGUGCAAGUGUGUGUUUGUGUAACGCAAUUUUAUACAUAAAAACUCGGGCACCUAGUCAGCUCCAGGUAUGCCUUGUUGUUUCUGAUGCCACACCCGGUCGCUUGAGACCAGAGCGCCUUCCACCAGCAUUGGCUGGUGGCUCAGUUACGACCCUAUCUGGACAGGGAUGACCUGGCUGCAGAAGUCUACACUGUGGUAGCUCCAAGAUUGGACUACUGCAGUGGGCUUUAUGUGGGGCUGCCUUUGAAGACUGUUUGGGAACUUCAGCUAGUGCAGAACGUGGCCAACCAACUGCUGGUGGGCUCCAGGGGAGCUGAUUAUAUAAAGACCAGUCCUAGCACAGUUGCACUGGCUGCUGGUACAUAUCUGAGCCCAGUUCAAGGUGUUGGUUUCUACUAAUAAAUCCCUGUGCGGUUCAGGACCCCAAUAUUUUUGAAGCACCAUUUUUUGGCUGGCAUCUACUUGGGCCCUACAGUUGAGUCCCUUUCGCAGGCGUUCCCUUUGAUGCUCUCACCUCAGUGAGGCCGUCUAGGUGCCAUCACUAACAUGCUUUUGGGAACCAGGUGUAAAAAUACCUGUUCUCCCAGAUAUUUGAUGGAUUGUGAUGAUUUUGCUGUCUCUGCUGCUGUUUUAUCUGGUCCGUUUUGUAGGUUGUUGUGAUAUACGGUUCAUUUGUGUUUAUUCUUAUCAUGAGCCCCACAGUGUUGUCAAGAUCGGGCAGGCUGUGACGCAGGAGAAGGAAGGUUAGGGAAUGGGGAAACCUGGGAGCUGCUGUCUCCCCUUUGUAUCCUGACUUCAGUCACUUUUGUAAGGGAAAUAAGGAUGCUAGCUCUCCCGCCCGACCCGGAGACAGCAUUGCUCACACUCUUGGCAUCCCCACAAGGGUAGAGACUCUUGUCCCACCUCAUCUGUAAAAGCCGGUGUGAGAGACAGGGAAACUCAUUGGGACAUCUUCAUUGCUUCCGUCCGGUUCUGAACUUCUUGCCCGCUCCAGAACUCCUGAAUCGCAAUUCCUAAGCAUGCCCAGACUGUACCGUUACUAGCCUGAGUAAAUAAUAAUAAUAAUAAUAAUAAUAAUAAUUUUUAUUUAUACCCCGCCCUCCCCAGCCAAGGCCGGGCUCAGGGCGGCUAACAAGCAAUAAUAAAAACAAGUUGAAUGAAUACAACUUAGAAACAAGAUUAAAAUACAACAUUAAAAUAUUGAAACAUUAAAAUAUUAAAAUGCAGCCUCAUCACAGUAAAGACCUCUCUCUUACAAGUAAAAGCCUUUCUUGACAUAUUUGGGUGGGAGUCAGGACAGUGCUCUUCACAUCUUGUUUUUGUUUUUUUUAAAAAAAAAUACUCAUUUUAUAACACAAAUAAAGAACACAAACAGAAAAACAAACAAUACAAACAGAUUCUUGUCUUAUCCUUAUUUUUCUAAACAUUGGGCUUCCCCAAGUCCCAUCUUUCUGAUUUUCAUUUUACUUCAUCUUUAGCAGUUUACAUAUAUCAUAAUUUCUAACCAUCUUUUUUAAAAUCACAUUUACUUUAACCAUAAAAAACUUCACAUUUUAUCACUUACAAAUAAUACUAUUUUAAAGCACACUAUCUUCUAACCCUACAGCCUAUAUCCACUUCCAAAGCUAUUCUAAGAUUUAAAUAUUAACAUAUUUUUUUCAAAUAUUCCUUAAAUGUGCUCUUCACAUUUUGUAAGACACUUCAAGGGUCCAUAUGUAGCAAGUGAUUAUUCAAGUGAAAUAAUAAUGGUGAUGACGAUGAUACCCCACAAAAAUGUAAAGCAAAAAAAAAUGUGUGAAAAUAAAAAAGUCAGUGCUACAGUUAAAAAAAUGGCAGCACAAACCACCUUUUGCCAACCUGGUUCUAUUCAGCGGUUUAGGACCAGGGGAGACCUGUAGCCAAGCAGCUCCUCUUUAUUUCAUGAGUCCCCUUUAUUUCAUACAGUUUCUGGAUCCACCAUUAUCUUUCUGGAAAGAUUCCUUUACCUGACCCAUGAGGAUAAAGGCAAAGGAUACCUGGACAGUUAAGUCCAGUCAAAGGCAACUAUGGGGUUCCAGCACUCAUCUCGCUUUUCAGGCCAAGGGAGCCGGUGUUUGUAUUCAGACAGCCUUUCCAGGUCCUGUGGCCAGCAGGACUAAACCACUUCUGGCGCAUGGAACACGUGACAGAAACCAGAGUGCACAGAAACGCCGUUUACCUUCCCACUGCAGCGGUACCUAUUUAUCUACAUGCACUGGUGUGCUUUGGAACUGCUAGGUUGGCAGGAUCUGGGACAGAGCAACGGGAGCUCACCCCGUCACGGGGGUUCGAACCGCCGACCUUCUGAUCGGCAAGCCCAAGAGGCUCAGUGGUUUAGACCACAGCGCCACCCAUGAAAUCAUCUGAUCUCUGUACACCUUCCUCUUUAUUUGCAAGUUACCCAGUUUUGGUCUCCCUGACAUUGCAGCUCAUCACCUGAGUCUCCUGUUAAUUUCCACCCAGGUCUCACUGAAAGUCUUCCCCCUGGCAUCUGGUUGGCCAGCUGUGGGAACAGGAGGCCGGACUAGGUGGGCCAUUGGCCUGAUCCAAUAUUAAGCCAUAUCUUUGCAGACCCAAGCAAAGUAGGUAGUGGACCCCCUCCCCAAUUGGGGGACACACUGGGAUGUCUCACAGAUGUGCUGUUCCAGCACAGGAUGUUGUGCUUUGCUCACAACGUCUGGCCCUAAUGCCUCCUUUUGUACUUGCAGAUGUGCUCUCGCUUUCCUGCCUCAAAAAUUCCUCAGCUUCCUUAUCUCCCACAAAUCAAAGAACAGACUCUCCAGUUCCUUAGAAUGAGCUUUAAGGGAAAACCCUGCCCAUCUCUUGACUUCCAGGACAUUGGUUGAGAUCAAGAACAUCCUAACGGCUCAAGGUUGGGCCACAGAAGGGCAGCGUGGCCUCUGCGAGGGGAGAGAAACUGAGGACACGGGGCUAAUGGAGGAGGGGGUUGAAUCAUAGAAUAAUAGAGUCAGAAGGGACCCUGGAAUCUCAGCUAAAGCAUCCAUGACAGAUGACCAUCCAACCUCUGGUUAAAGACCUCCAAGGCAGGAGAAGCCACAGCCUCUCGUGGGAGUCUGUUUCACCAUCAAAGAGCUCUUGCUCUCAGAAAGUUAUUCCUGAUUUAUUUUUUUAAUAUAUAUAUUAUUUUUUACCAAACACCAAAACACAAACAGUGAAACCCCCCAGGCGGCUGAUACAUUGAGUAUACAAUAUUCAAUAAUAUACAUAUUCAAUAACAUACAUAUUCAAUAAUAUUCAAUAAUAACAUAUUCAAAUUAACCAUAUGUACACUUCUACAGUGGUAACUCGGGAUGCGAACGGGAUCCGUUCCGGAGCCCCAUUCGCAUCCUGAACAGAACAUAAGACGCAAUAGCGUGCCUGCGCGUGCGCGGGUUGCAUUUCGCCACUUCCGCGCAUGCGCGUGACGUCAUUUUGAACGUCUGUGCAUGCGCGAGCGGCAAAACCCGAAAGUAACGCGCUCUGUCACUUCCUGGUCACCGCGGAGCGCAACCCGAAAGCAUUCAACCUGAAGCGUUUUUAUCCCGAGGUAUGACUGUAUAUACCUUAACACACCUCCUUCCACAAGGCUUAUUUAACUUUUAACAUUUUAAUUGCCCCAAAUUGUUCAAACCUACUCAAGGUUAGUGAGGUCAGUGAGAAAGAGGAGGAUUGCUUUGAGAAGAUAUUGAAUUAUUUGAGUUAUUCCUGAUGCUGAGUCGGAAUCGCCUUUCUUGGAGCUUGAAGCCAUGGGUUCGAAUCCUGCCCUCCGGAGCAGGAGAAAACAAGCUUGCUCCAUCUUCCAUGUGACAGCCCUUGAGAUAUUUGAAGAUGGCUAUCUUGUCUUCUCUCAGUCUCCUCUUUUCCAGACUAAAUAUACUCAGCUCCUCCAACCUUCCAGACCCUUGGUCCAUAGCUGUCAACUGUCUCUUAUUUGGCGGGAAAGUCCCUUAUCCCAGCACCGUGUCCCGCUGCUGUCCCUUAAAUUUCCCGGGUUUCAAAGGAAGCAGCUCCUCUCCCUUCCUCCCUGCCAGCCAGGGAGGAGGGAGGCUCCAUCUGUGUUGCUUGGCUGCGUUGCUCACCCAAUAAGGAGUCUAAGAACGACUGGGGGGUGGAGCUUGCAUGCCUUGUGCCGAUCAAAUUGGCCGUGUUGCCUGGGGACUCACCUUUGCUCAGUGCUUCCCAGCGGAGAGGUGACGGUGGUUUCCCUUGCUGCAUCCCCUUUGCCGGGUUGGUGCGCUGUGGGAACCACCGCUUGAGGCUUGCUUUGGCUGCUGGCUGGGCUUUCUGCCCUUGGGUCGGAGGGGCUCAGAAGUUGAACAUACCUGUGCUCUGAAAAUCCCUUAUUUUGGCUGCUGAUCUCUUAUUUUCGAGGCUGCUGGUCCCUUAUUUUCAAAUCUGUAAGUUGACAGCUAUGCCUUGGUCAUCUUGGUUGCCCUCCUCUGCACGCCUUCCAGCUUGUCAGCAUCCUUGCCCUAGAACAGGACACGGGACUGCAGGCUCACUGGCAAGCGAAGGGAUAGAAGCAAGGGCAAGGACCGCAGCUCAGUGUUAGAGCAGCUGCUUUGCAUACAGAAGUCCCAGCUGCAGUCCACAGCAUCUCCAGGGCGGGCCAGGAAUGUCCCUAGGUGGAAACCCUGGAGAACAGCUGCCGGUCAGUGCACAGAGAGGGUGGCCAAUGUGCUGCCCUCCAGAUGUUUCAGACCACAGUCCCCAUUGGACCCCAGCCAAAAUGACCGAUGGUCAGGGAUGAUGGGAGUUGUCGUCCUAUUGGCUACUCUGGCAUGGGCAAAGCUGAGCUAGACAGACCAAUGGUCAGACUCUGUCGGAGGCAGUUAAUAAUAAUAAUAAUAAUAAUAAUAAUAAUAAUUUAUUAUUUAUACCCCACCCAUCUGGCUGGGUUUCCUCAGCUACUAUGGGUGGCUCCCAGCAAAAUACCAAAAUACAAUAAUUCAUCAAAUAUUAAAAGCGUCCCUAAACAGGACUGCCUUCAGAUGUCUUCUAAAAGUCAGAAAGUUGUUUAUUUCUUUGACAUCUGGUGGGAGGGCAUUCCACAGGGCGGGUGCCACCACCAAGAAGGCCCUCUGCCUGGUUCCUUGUAACCUGACUUCUUGCAGUGAAGGAACAGUCAGAAGGCCCUCGGAGCUGGACCUCAGUGUCUGGGCUGGAUGAUGGGGGUGGAGACACUCCUUUAGCUCUACUGGGCCGAGGCCAUUUACGGCUUUCAAGGUCUUCACCAACACUUUGAAUUGUGCCUGGAAACGUACUGGGAGCCAAUGUAGGUCUUUCAAGACUGGUGUUAUGUGGUCUCGGCGGUCGCCCCCAGUCACCAGUCUAGCUGCCGCAUUCUGGAUUAAUUGCAGUUUCCGGGUCACCUUCAAAGGUAGCCCCACGUAGAGCGCAUUGCAGCAGUCCAAGCGGGAGAUAACUAAAGCAUCCUUCUGCCUUUCCCCCUUACAGCAUGCUUCUCUGCCUAAGAGGCACAUCAAGAGAGGGAGGGCAGGGCUGACCUUUGCUUUGGUGCGGUUGAGAGGAUUAAAAGCUGCCCCAUACAAGUGGGGAACAGGGAGGGGACCAGCCCUACAACAGGGAGGUCAGAUCAAUCUGACAACCGGCAAAUCGGACUUCCCAGAGAACUGAUAUAAUCCCCGGCGGAGAGGGAGCGAGGGAAGGGAAGCGGGGAGGGUGCAGGCAAACUCUUCAAGGCCAAAUCUUGUCCCUUUGCAACAGAGGCUCCGUUUGGGGGAGUCCAUAUGGGGGGACCCCAUUUGGCUUACCAGGAGUCAAACUCCUGCAAGGCAAAGUGGGGUGCAGGGUGGAGGCCCUGUGCUAUAAAGGAAGAGAGGGAUCGUUUCGGUGAAAGAUUUGUUUCCUUGCAAGUGGGCUCCCUCUCCCUUCUUGGGAACGUGAUCUACUUGAUCUACGUGGCAUAAACAUGCAGAUCAGAAAGGCCUGGUUUGAAAAGGGGGGCUUGCAGCCGAGGAGUGGGUGGGAAGGCAAAACGGAGCAGAGCCACAAAUGCCUUUUGGAAAUCCUGCUCUCCUCGCAAAGGCCUUUGCCAAAGUGUGCAGCUGACCUGUUGUUCUGGGUGGCUAGGAAAGAUUGCAAUCUGGAAAGCCACCCUGUGCCUUUAAGUGGGAGGAAAGGGGGAGGGCACAGGUUUGCAUAACAUUUACAUAUGCUAAAUUUCAACAAAGAGGUGCAAAUUUAGAAAUAAAGACUGCAACUUAAAAUAAGGACACAAUUCAGCUCACACUAGUAGGAAGAAGACUGUGACUAGGUGACCUGCUCAGUUUGUAGAGAAUUUUUUAAAAACUUUACAGAUGUGGUACUCAGGAUUUGAAAGGAGUUUGAAAAGAAGAGGGAAAGCAGAAAAUGCUUCCUUGCAGUGUGUAAGUGGGGUCACUACUGUAAAUUCUGGGAUGGCAAGCAAAACGUCACUCAAAACUUUCAGCAAGCAAAGCUUGCCUUGACCUAAUGGUGCCAUUUCAAGAGCUCUGUAGCCAGUCAGAUAUCUCCUUCCCCUGGCCUGCCACUAAAAGGAUAAGGUGCGGCGCUCAUCUCACUUUUCAGGCCGAGGGAGCUGGUGUUUGUCCACACAGCUUUCCGGGUCAUGUGGCCAGCAGGACUAAACCACUUCUGGCACAACAGAACACCGUGAUGGAAGCCAGAGGGCAUGGAAACGCCGUUUACCUUCCUGCCGCAGCGGUACCUCUUUAUCUACUUGCACUGGUGUGCUUUCGAACUGCUAGGUUGACAGAAGCUGGGACAGAGCAACAGGAGCUUACCCCGACGCAAGGGUUCGAACCACCAACUUUGCUAUUGGCAAGCCCAAGAGGUUUGGUGGUUUAGACCACAGCACUACCCGCAUCCCUACUUAAAGGAUAGACAGGGGUCAGCAACUGAAGUUCCCAAACUGCAGGUCUUGGUGGUAAAACAAAAAGAGAAGCAAUUAGUUCAGGGAAGUUUUUAAUGUGUGACAUUUUAAUGUAUUUUUAAUCUUUGUUGGUGCUGACCUUUAAAGCCCUAAACGGCCUCGGUUCUGUCUGCCUGAAGGAGCGUCUCCACCCCCAUUGUUCUGCCCGGACACUGAGGUCCAGCUCUGAGGGCCUUCUGGCAGUUCCCUCCCUGUGAGAAGUGAGGUUACAGGGAACCAGACAGAGGGCCUUCUCGGUGGUGGCGCCUGCCCUGUGGAACGCCCUCCCACCAGAUGUGAAGGAAAUAAGCAGCUAUCUUAUCUUUAAAAGACAUCUGAAGGCAGCCCUGUUUAGGAAAGUUUUUAAUAUUUAAUGCAGUAUUGUUUUAACACUCGAUUGGGAGCUGCCCAGAGUGGCUGGGGAAACUCAGCCAGAUGGAUGGGGUAAUAAUAAUAAUAAUAAUAAUAAUAAUAAUAAUAAUAAAUUGCUGUUGUUGUUGUUAGGAUCUCUAGGUUGCCAAGUCCUUUCUGGCCUGACGCUCCUGUGCUUUAAACUGGCAAGGAUGCCCUGCAGGAAACAGGGAACUACCUGCUGGCUUCCUUUUUCACGCUGGUGUUUUCCGAAUGAGAAACCUCAUUCAGUUAGUCCUCAGCAGUGCCUGCAGACCCCAUCACUCUCAGGCGCCUGCCUUCAGGGUAAGCAAGCCUGAGAGGUUUUUUAAUGGCCACCUGUCAUGGGUGCUUCAGUUGCAUUUCCUGGGGGUUGGGCUAGAUGACCUUUGGGUUCCUUUCCAACUCUGCGAUUCCAGGAUUCUAUGGUUCUUCCCUCUUCCCCCUGCCCCUCCCGAGACAUGACGAUGGCGUGGCUUCCGUGUGGGAUGAAACACUGUGGUUGCGGUGGGAUGCUGCCGCCACAGGCAUCCAAACGCCCAGGGUCAGAGUUCCAGGAAAAGCAAUCUCUGCCGGCCCCUUGCAGCUUGCGCUGCGGUCCCUCCUAAUGCAGAACGGAAGCUCCCGCUUGCUGCUUCCAACACUGCUAAAAGCUUUGGGGUCGUGCCCUUCUGCAGCGCCUGGUCGGACGCCACAUCCGCGAGGGAAGCGGCUGUGUGUGCUCUCUGCCUCUGAAGCACCCUUGUUGCAGCCGGGGGGGUGGUGUGGGGUGACUCACUCCCCGUUAAGGCUCUUUGCACCGGGAGUCCCUUUGCCAAAUCCUCUCUGAGCUGAGAGUGGCCCCACGUCCCACUUUCUCCUGCCCCAGCUCCUUGUGAGUGAGUAAGGGGUGGAUAGAGAGAGCGUGAUCCUGCCAGAAAUAUAAUAAAUAACCCAGGGCAAGCGUGCUUUGGAGGGGGUUUGUGGUCUCGUCCGGCUCUGCAGCCAUUCGCGGCCGGGUGAGAUUCCUCUCUUAGCGCAGGCUCUCUGCAAAUAUGUCAGGGGAACUGGAGAACAGAGAGCUCCUUUGGUUAAAAGCCAGCCUGGGGACAAAUUUGCUCUUAGUAGGUAUCAGCUGGAGAUUAGCAGACUUGUGUUUGUGCUCAAGGAAGGCUUCCGUAUCUAUCUCUAUUUUUCCUGCACACCUCCAUUGCCAACAGCACCUUGAAUUGUGUUAACCCAGCUGUGAUUCCUGCAUGUUUCUUCUUUUUUUACGUUUCCCUUUUCCAGUCAGUCUUCUGAUUCCCAAGCAUCAAACCAUAGCCUUCCCUUUUUUUGUGGGAAAUUCCCUUAUUCCAGCGCCGUUUCCCGCUGCUAUCCCGGAUUGUUAGAUAUCCCGUAGACUGUCCCCGGGACAGGUGAGGCUGCUGAUCCCUUAUUUUUGAGGCUGCUGAUCCCUUAUUUUCAAAUCUGAAAGUUGACAGCUAUGCAUCAAACACAGCAACCCGUGUUUUUCAGUGAUAAUAACCCUUUAACUCUCCCAGAACGUCAUGUGCAGACCUGAACAAGUGCGCAACAAAAACACCCAUCUAUUGCUGAUUCUUUUUCUUCUUCUUCCUCUUCUCCUUGGCUAAUCUGCUCCGCAAGGCCAAUGAGUCUGAAUUGCAUUCAUGUUUUCUCCCCGGCCUCCUUCCUUGCCUAUUGGCUCAGCCCUGCCCAGAGGCCGCCGGCGCCCUGCGUGUUGGACAAAGGAGAACUUUAUUUGUGGCUAGAUAAAUAAACCGUUGGUUUUUGGCAGCUGCGAGCCCCUCGGGUGCUGGGAGGGCACAGGGCUAUUCAAAGAUUAGCUGCGUGACUGGCAAAUCCCUUCUGGGCUCCGGCGGGGAUUUCCUCUUUAAAAGGGCAGUCAAAUGGACCCCAACGUGGAAGGGAGAUCCUUUGCCCCAAGGCAAGCAGGAGGCCCAGGGCCUUCUGGAUCGUGGCCCCCUGAUAUCCUUAACCUCCUUUGCUGAAACUGGAGUUGUGGGUGGAUGAUAGCUUUUCCAGACAGCUGGGUUUUUGUUAUGCAUGCCUGUAGGGAGUGUGUAGUUGUUGUUGUUUAGUCGUUUAGUCGUGUCUGACUCUUCGUGACCCCCUGGACCAGAGCAGGCCAGGCCCUCCUGUCUUCCACUGCCUCCCUCAUGCUGGUAGCUUUGAGAACACUGUCCCACCAUCUCAUCCUCUGUCAUCCCCUUCUCCUUGCGCCCUCCAUCUUUCCCAACAUCAGGGUCUUUUCCAGGGAGUCUUCUCUUCUCAUGAGGUGGCCAAAGUCUUGGAGCCUCAGCUUCAGGAUCUGUCCUUCCAGUGAGCACGCAGGGCUGACUUCCUUCAGAAUGGAGAGGUUUGAUCUUCUUGCAGUCCAUGGGACUCUCCAGAGUCUCCUCCAGCACCAGAAUUCAAAAGCAUCAGUUCUUCGGCGAUCAGCCUUCUUUAUGGUCCAGCUCUCACUUCCAUACAUCACUACUGAGUGUAGGUCUGUGAAAGCAGUCAAGAUCAAAGCAUGCCACCUUGAGCUCUUGGAGAAAAAGUGGGGUUUAAAUGUAAAAAUAAACAAUCUCUUGCAGCAGCAAAACCCCAUUGUUUGAGCAUGGUGGAUGUUCCCUGUGGGCUGUGAGGUCUUCGCCGCCACCCAGCAAAAAAACAACAGCAAUGCAACUUUCUUGAGUCUUUCUUCCUAAGAAAGAGGUCUUCCAAAACAGCUGUGCCCCAAGAUAUUUUGGGCACAAGCUCUGCAGUGCCAUCUCUCGGGUUGUGCUGCCGGUGUGUUUGGCUACGCACGUCCAGCUGUGAGAAGGGCAAACAUGGAAAAUGGGACAAAAAUGGUAGGUAGCCCCUGUUGGACUGUUUCAGGUGAAGAGAUCUCCUCUGAGGCUACAUUGGAGAGAACGUUAAGGAACCAGGGUCGUUCCGGCAUAUGCGUAGGACUUGUGAAAAAGUUUUGGACUUUGGCCUUUGCAGAAAUUGCUAAAAUGGAGCAAUGGAGAUUGUCGUUUCAAACCUCCUGUUGGGCAUCUUCUUGUAGCUGGUUGCUCAACACUGGGAGGACCCAAAGGGAGCCAUGUUAGCUAACUGGCAUAAGACAGCUUGACGAGUCACUUUGGUGGAAAAAUUAACAACCGUCGACUUCCAUCUAAAGGAAGAAAGCGUGGAUACUCUUUAGCGGGAGACUAGCACCGUUUCAUUCUUUAAGCAAGCAAAGGUGAUAUACAGGGACAUCUCCCGGCAGAAUGCAAACCUUUCUGGCUGCUAUGAAAUCCAUAGAUUUGAAUUUUAAUACAGUGGUACCUCGUAAGACGAAUGCCUCGCAAGACAAAAAACUCGCUAGACGAAAGGGUUUUUUGAGCUGCUUCGCAAGACGAUUUUCCCUAUGGGCUUGCUUCGCAAGACGGAAACGUCUUGCAAGUUUGUUUCCUUUUUCUUAACACCAUUAAUACAGUUGCGACUUGACUUCGAGGAGCAACUCAUAGAACGCGGUGUGGUAGCCUUUUUUGAGGUUUUUAAAGACUUUGGUGAUUUUUGAAGCUUUUCCAAAACUUUCCCGACACCGUGCUUCGCAAGACGAAAAAAAUCGCAAAACGACAAAACUCGCGGAACGAAUUAAUUUCGUCUUGCGAGGCACCACUGUACUUCCUAAUGGAUUGAACUGACAGAUUCGUGGGUUUCUUGGGAAGGCAGUCUCUAGUUUUCUUAAGCGCUGUUUGGUGGUGGAACGGACUCCCUGACAUUGGUGGCCUCUCCUUCCUUGGAGGUUUCUCAGCAGAGCUUGGAUGGCCGCCUGUCAGCUGUGCUUUAGCAUUGCGGGGGGGUGGGGGUGGACUGGAUGACCUUUGGGGGACCCUAUGAUUCCAUGACUCCUCUGUGGGAGGAGGAAGAGGGGGCUGUUUUGUAUUACUAAAACCCAGUCGUUAAAGAAUUAUACAGUGGUACCUUAGUUCUCAAACGCCUUGGUACUCAAACAACUUGGAACCCAAACACCAGAAACCUGAAAGUAUGUGUUCCGGUUUGCGAACUUUUUUCAGAAGCCAAACGUGCUCCGCUUUAAGUGUAAUGCUUUUGAUUUGAGUGCCACACUUCCAUUUUGAGUGUUAUGCUGAGGUCUGUCUGUUUUUGCUAUUUAUUUUGCGUUUUGUGUUUUUCCGGCUCUUUUUUAAAUUUUUGUGACUGUGUGGAACCCAGUUCAGCUACUGACGGAUUGAUUGUGUGACUGCGGUUCAUCGCUUAUUGUUUUCAUUUUAUGGAUCAACGGUUUUGUUAGAUAGUAAAAUUCAUGUUCAAUUGCUGUUUUAGGGGUUGUUUUCAAAAGUCUGGUACAGAUUAAUCUGUUUUGCAUUACCUUCUAUGGGAAAACGUGCCUUGGUUUCGGAACACUUUGGUUUUGGAAUGGACAUCUGGAACGGAUUAAGUUUGAGAACCAAGGUGCCACUGUAAAAGGAAAAAGAAAAGGGACGAGAUGAAAGCGCACCCGAUCCAAGGGCAGGAAAGGCUGCCUUGCGCUGAGUCAGGCUCCUCAUCCGCCUUGCAGACGAUAGCGUCCGCUCCGACAAGCAGCGGCUCUGAGAGUUUCAGACAGGAGUCUUUCCUGGCUGUACCAGAGACGCCAGGAAGUGUGCCGGGGUCUUUCUGUGUCGCUGUCAGUGCGCAGGGUCUGCACAGCCACAGCACCAGAAAUGUUGCUGUGGAUGUUGCUGUGGACGGUAAUUUUUUUUUUUAAAUGAUGAAAAAUUUAUGAAGAUGUGGCCAUUUGUUUACAAUUUCGUUGACUAGACCAGGAAUAUUACUUGCACCCGAGGAGUACAUAUAGCUCAAUGAGGAUCAAAUUUGGUGGAAACCAUGUUUUUUAAAGAAAUAGUGGCUUAUGAGCAAUAGCGGCUUUCUCGCAAGCAUACAUCUUUUUUAAGAGUAGAAUAAGAAGAUGGAGAAGUUUUAAUUAUAAUGAUAAUUUAAUUAUAAAUAAUAGUCAAAGCUGUCUACUUAAAAAUAGAUUUUUAAAUACAUUAUUGAACUAUUAAAAAUUGUAGAAUACAUUUUAAAAUGAAUAACGUAUUUAUUGUAAAAUGUAUUUAAAAUUAUAAUACUGUACAUCACGGGUGUCAAACACAAGGACCGCGGGCCGAAUCCGGCCCGCCAGACCUCGUCAUGUGGCCCGUGGCAUCAAGGGCGAGGAAGUGAGCUUCUCGUCCUUUUUACUGGUCCCGACCCAGAUUUUAGGGUCCACACUCCGGCGGAGGCUUUCUGCCUUUCUAAAAAGUGACCCACGCGAACAGCCUUCCCUGCCUGCUUGCAGACAGGGCGCUGCCUACCGGCCGGUCCCGCAACUUUGGCCUGCCUCGCGGGCCGGGCAAAGAGGCUUUCUGCUCGCUCGGUCCAGUCCGGGACUCGCUGCGGAGGAGGCGGUCCCGCCAAGCCGAGCUCGGAGCCGGCUGCCUCCGCCCCUCAGAGCCUUCCAGGCGCGGCUGCUCGAGGGGGCGGGUCGCGCGUGGCAACUUUUGGAGCCCGAGAGAGCCGUGGAGGCUGGCAGCGAGGGCAGGGAGCGAGAGCCACUCUUGGGACGCCGCUCGCUCACUCACACGGGCCGCAAGAAGAGGCCACUGCGGCGUUGCAGCUGGCAAGGAGAUGGGCGCGGGCGGCGGGGCUAGGGGCUGGCUGGGGGUCGCUCUGGUGGGUAAGUAGCGGGGCCAGCAAGCGGGGAAGGGAACGGCGGAGGCGAGUGGAGAGCGGGGACCCGGCGCAGGUCCUGCUGCAGGGCGGUGCGCCCCGGCUGGGCUGGGAGAGGCGAAGCUGCUGCCGGUUCAGCUGCGCAGAGUGGGGUGGAGGGAGGCGGGCGGGCGGGCGGUGUGCCACACCACAAAGCAGGGGCGCCUCCCACCCCGAAGAGGACCGCGCCAGCAUCUGGGCAGCUGGAGCAAAGUGGGAGCCUGCCAGCAACUUGGCUGCGGGAGCCUGGCUACGAAACACCGCCUCCCUCCCCACGCCAACACAUCGGCUUUCUCCGGGCCAGAGGACUUGGCGGAUAGCCCCCUUCCCAGGAGCAACUGCAGCAGCUCGGGGCCCCAGCAGGACAUCCUGGCCACCCGCGCCCGCAGUGCCGCUGGGGCUCCCUUGCAAGGAAGAAACUGCUGCUGUCCAAACUGCAGCUCCGUAUCCUCCGACUCCUGAGUGCGGCGGCAGGGCGGGGGGAGGCAACAUUUGCUUCUGCUCUGCUCUGUUGGGACAGGCUCCUGUCUCCUCCCCGUUGGAGCUCCAGUCUGCCUGGAAGCCCAUCUCGUCAUCUUUUUAAAAAAUCAUUAUUAUUUCUUCUUCUAUUCUUAUUUAAAAUCGUACUGGAUUAGGUAUAUUAAAUAGUGUAUAGGUUCAAGACAACACACACCAGUGCCUAUGGAAAAAUAACUUUGAAAAAGUCCUACAGAUACAACCAGCCCUUUGAGGGUGACCAAACUGCUGAUGCGGCCCCCGAUGAAGUUGAGUUUGACACCCCGCUGUACAUUAUUAAAAACAUUACGUUAUAUACUUACUUAUUUAUAAGACUUCACUUAUCCCCAGGGACCCAGGCGGUGCUGUGGGUUAAACCACAGAGCCUAGGACUUGCCGAUCAGAAGGUCGGCGGUUCGAAUCCCCGCGAUGGGGUGAGCUCCCGUUGCUCGGUUCCUGCUCCUGCCAACCUAGCAGUUUGAAAGCACAUCAUAGUGCAAGUAGAUAAAUAGGUACCUCUCUGGCAGGAAGGUAAAGGGCGUUUCCGUGCGCUGCUCUGGUUUGCCAUAAGUGGCUUAGUCAUGCCGGCCACAUGACCCAGAAGCUGUAAACCGGCUCCCUUGGCCAGUAAAGCGAGAUCAUAGAAUCAUAGAAUCAUAGAGUUGGAAGAGACCACAAGGGCCAUCGAGUCCAACCCCCUGCCAAGCAGGAAACACCAUCAGAGCACUCCUGACAUAUGGUUGUCAAGCCUCUGCUUAAAGACCUCCAAAGAAGGAGACUCCACCACACUCCUUGGCAGCAAAUUCCACUGUCAAACAGCUCUUACUGUCAGGAAGUUCUUCCUAAUGUUUAGGUGGAAUCUUCUUUCUUGUAGUUUGGAUCCAUUGCUCCAUGUCCGCUUCUCUGGAGCAGCAGAAAACAACCUUUCUCCCUCCUCUAUGUGACAUCCUUUUAUAUAUUUGAACAUGGCUAUCAUAUCACCCCUUAACCUCCUCUUCUCCAGGCUAAACAUGCCCAACUCCCUUAGCCGUUCCUCAUAAGGCAUCGUUUCCAGGCCUUUGACCAUUUUGGUUGCCCUCCUCUGGACACGUUCCAGUUUGUCAGUGUCCUUCUUGAACUGUGGUGCCCAGAACUGGACACAGUACUCCAGGUGAGGUCUGACCAGAGCAGAAUACAGUGGCACUAUUACUUCCCUUGAUCUAGAUGCUAUACUCCUAUUGAUGCAGCCCAGAAUUGCAUUGGCUUUUUUAGCUGCCGCGUCACACUGUUGGCUCAUGUCAAGUUUGUGGUCAACCAAGACUCCUAGAUCCUUUUCACAUGUACUGCUCUCAAGCCAGGUGUUCCCCAUCUUGUAUUUGUUCCUCUCAUUUUUUUUGCCCAAGUGCAAUACUUUACAUUUCUCCCUGUUAAAAUUCAUCUUGUUUGUUUUGGCCCAGUUCUCUAAUCUGUCAAGGUCGUUUUGAAGUGUGAUCCUGUCCUCUGGGGUGUUAGCCACCCCUCCCAGUUUGGCGUCAUCUGCAAAUUUGGUCAGGAUUGCCCUUGAGUCCAUCAUCCAAGUCGUUGAUAAAGAUGUUGAAUAAGACCGGGCCCAAGACAGAACCCUGUGGCACCCCACUAGUCACUCUUCUCCAGGAUGAAGAGGAACCAUUGAUGAGCACCCUUUGGGUUCGGUCAGUCAGCCAGUUACAAAUCCACUGAGAUGAGCGUCGCAACCCCAGAGUCGGCCACGACUGGACCUAAUGGUCAGGGGUCCCUUUACCUUUACCUUUAUCCCCAGGGUCAAAAAAGAUGGGGUACAUUAUCUACCUGGCCCAGGCCUCUGCCUGGCUCUGCAAGGCCCUGUGUGGACCCACACGGAUGGUGGCAAGUAGCUGUGACCCCUGUAUGUGGUUUCUCCCCACCCUCCCUUCCCAGCUGGUCCGCCAGCCUCUUAAUUCUCUUUCCUGCCCUCUACCUGCUGCGAUCUGUCGGAGCCCAGCUGCAGAAGGAAUUUGUUGCUGGAAAUCCCGGGAACUGGCCAGUUUCCUGCCUGUUUGUGCUGGACAAUAACUUCAAGUCUGCUGACAUCGUUCUGGUUGUCGUCCCCACCCCAAUGCCUCUGCGUGGCGGCCUCUCAGUGACUUUGGUUGGGAGAACUUAAUUUGUAGUGAGAUGACAUUUGCGUUAAAGGAGAUUCUGACCUAAGGGUCACCCAAUUCAACCCCCCUGCAAUGCAGGAAUGACUAUCCAUCAACCUACGAGUUCUCAGCUGUGCAGGAUAGAUUUGCACGCAGGAGAACUUUCCACGGGGUUGUAACUUUUGAUGCUUGUUUUACCCACCCAUGAAAGCUCACUGAGAGAUAAAGAGCGUUUCUACUGUGUUGAGGAAUAUAGCUUUCUGCUGCAAAUGAAGGCAAGGUUUCACCUUUGCCAGGAAUAGAACUCCCCCCCCCCUCUUUUUUAUACUGCUAAUAUGUCAAAGACAGCAUCUUAAAAAGUAGAGACAUCACCUUGCCAACAAAGGUCUGUAUAGUUAAAGCUAUGGUUUUCCCAGUAGUGAUGUAUGGAAGUGAGAGCUGGACCAUAAAGAAGGCUGAUCGCCGAAGAAUUGAUGCUUUUGAAUUCUGGUGCUGGAGGAGACUCUGGAGAGUCCCAUGGACUGCAAGAAGAUCCAACCUCUCCAUUCUGAAGGAAAUCAGCCCUGAGUGCUCACUGGAAGGACAGAUCCUGAAGCUGAGGCUCCAAGACUUUGGCCACCUCAUGAGAAGAGAAGACUCCCUGGAAAAGACCCUGAUGUUGGGAAAGAUGGAGGGCACAAGGUGAAGGGGACGACAGAGGACUAGAUGGUGGGACAGUGUUCUCGAAGCUACCAGCAUGAGUUUGACCAAACUGUGGGAGGCAGUGGAAGACAGGAGUGCCUGGCGUGCUCUGGUCCAGGGGGUCACGAAGAGUCGGACAUGACUAAACGACUAAACAACAAAAAAUAUGUCAAAGUGUAAAAUUCCACAUUCCGCAAUUUGAAAUUUCGCUUUGAACAGUUUGGCGAGGAGAGAUGGUUAUGCACUUUGCAGAAUAUGUUGGUUAAAAUAUUCGUAAGCAUUGCAGUUCAUUCUGAAUACAAACCUGAAUUCUUACAUUUAGAAUAAAGUUAAAUUAUUUGGGGGAUUAGUGUUGAAAAGUAUUUUGAAAAGACAUCAGAAUCGCUUGCAUGUCCCGUCCCCCCCCCAGUAUAUUUGAAGGGUGCUUUGAAGAAAGUUAUUUUGGAGUUAGUGAUGGAUCUUCUAACUGCAGCCAAAAUUAUGAUUUUCAUCCAUUGGAAGAAGGCAGUCUCGGCCCUUGAUGGAAUGCGAUGGCUACCUUAGUGAAAUUAAUACUUUUAAGGUCAUCAGCUGGCUGAAAACGACCGUGGUGAACAUAUGCGCUAUACAUUUAAUGUGGUAUCAUUCCGCUUUAAAUAGUCAUAGCUCCCCCCAAAGAAUUCUGGGAGCUGUAGUUUGUUACGGGUGUGGAGAGCUAUUAGGAGACCCCUAUUCCCUGUCACAGAACUACAAUUCCCAGAGUGGUUUAACGGUCAAUCCUCUUCCCAGGUAACCCUGGGAAUUAUAGCUCUGUGAGGGGAAUAGGGGCCUCAGCACCCUUAACAAACUACAGUUCCCAGAAUUCCUUGGGGGAAGCCAUGACUGUUUUAAAGUGGUAUGAUACUGCUUCAAAUGUAUAGGGACCCUAGUCCUUAGCUGCAAGGUUUUGGAAUCAAUAUUUUCAGGGCAACAUUAGACUUUCUGUAUUAUAUAAUAGAUCCUGCAGGGUUGUGUGUGUGUGUGUGUGUGUGUGUUGUUUUUAAAGUCGCACAAGUCAGAAUUCUUUCACAGGGCGAGAUUCCAGAGAAUGGAAUUACAAGAAGCCUGCGUUUAGCUUAACAGAGAAGACUGUCUGACUUGUAUGCAUUGAUACAUGAUGAAAUAAACAUGUCUGCAAUGAGAUCAUCAAUUUACAUAAUUAGAAAACUUAUCCUCCGCCCACCCAGUGCUUUUGCAUUGCUCAGUGAAGCUUAUAAUUUUUUUUUAAGAGCACACACAAUCCCAUCAGCGACAUAAAACAUAAACUUGGAAACAGGCUUGGCAUACAUCUGCGUCUGAAUUUAUGCAAUCUUUGACGACGUCCCAGUUAGCAAGAUCAGGGAAGGAGUGCAAGAGACAAUCUAAUUAAAUUUCAGUUAUUUUCCUCACUGGUUUUUCAGGGCUAUAGCCACGUUCAGAGUAGACCCAUUGAACUUAAUGAGCCUAAGCUAGUCAUACCCAUCAGUUUCAGUGAGUUUACUCUGAGCGUGAUGACUGUUGGAUACAGCGCAUGGCGUCCCUUUCUGUACUCAUAGACAACAAGGAGUCUUGUGAUACUUCAGAGAUUAACCAAGUUAUUGUUAUGGGUCUUUUGUGAAUGGAUGCAUGAAAUACCAUCUUUGGUUGGCAUUGCAUUUCUAUAGCCACAAAACCCGAGAGGUACAAUCCUGUGUAAAGCUUAAGCAUAGGUACAAGAAAAGUGUCACAUUUAUGAUUUGGUGGAGUUGUUAUUGAUAACAGGAAAUGACUAUACAUUUGCACACAUGGUGGAAAAUAGGAAACUGCCUCAUUUUGAGCCAGACUAUUGUUCCACCUAGAUCAAUAUUGUCUACACGGACUGGCACCUCUCCAGGGUUUCAGUCAGGGAGCAUGCAAAAGAGAUGCUCUUCUGCUGAGCUGCUUAAAAACCUCCGAGGAAGGAGAGUCUACCACAGGCUUCCUCAACCUUGGCCCUCCAGAUGUUUUGGGACUACAACUCCCGUCAUCCCUGACCACUGGUCCUGCUAGCUAGGGAUCAUGGGAGUUGUAGGCCAAAAACAUCUGGAGGGCCAGAGGUUGAGGAAGCCUGGUCUACCAUCUCUCAAGGGAGUCUGUUCCGCUGUCGAGGGACUCUUUCCGUCAGAAAGUUCUUCCCGAUGUUUAGUCGAAAUCUCCUUUUUUGUGUGUGCCUUUUUAGUGGGGCUGGGGGGGGAGGGUGGUCAAUUUCUGGGCACCUGGGAGAGUCCAAAGUCGCCCCCAGAAGGUGGUGCCCACAGACCUCUGGCUCUGCAGAAAGCUCACCCCUCCAAGCCGUCUCCUAGUCCAAGACCGCAGAGCCGGAAACCACCCCAUAAUAACCCCCCUGGCUGCGGCUGCUUCAAAGAGCGUAAUGAGAGUCGUGCUGGAAAGGUGGGCAGGCUUUGUGUUUAAAUGGCCCCUUGUCGGCAGACAGCUGUAAUUUGAACCGAUGAGAUCAAACUACUCUUGAGGCGGAGGACAGUCAGGCAGGAGAAGGAAAACCAAACAGGCUGGAGGUUAAGGCGAGAGUUUUGGGCUUUGUCAAUUUGGCCAAAGGCUGCCCUCUGUCUCCUUUGCGGAUGAGGGCACCUCUCUUUUAAACAGGUUUGAGGUUGGUUUAAGUGUCAUGGCUGCUACCCCUGCCCAAAAUGUGUAUACUGUAUAAACCCCAUGGAAUUGGUUUAUUUUUGAAAUGGUUGAGAAUUAUUUGCUGCAGACCCCCUAAGCCAGCUGCUGUGGGAGCAAACGUACAAAGAUCCACACGGAUACAGAGUUUGAAACAGCCGUGUGCCAAAAGUCUCCCUUGUGGUGCAGUGCUGGAAACAAUCGCUGCAUAACGUGACCCAGGUCUCUGGGUGUGAUGGUUUCUGGAAACUUGUGUCAGACUCCGGAAAUCCCCAAAAGUACACUCGGUCCUAUUUAUAACACGGGAGGAAACGAAAUAGCCUUGUUCCUGGGGGCGUAAGUGGCCUUCCAGUGAUGUUCCCAAAUGUGAUGGAGGGAAUAAGACAGGAGUUGUUGACCCCAUGGCUUAUUUUUAGGGGGAUGCGGGUUGCGCUCUGGUCUAAACCACAGAGCCUAGGGCUUGCUGAUCGGAAGGUCAGCGGUUCGAAUCCCCGCGAUGGGGUGAGCUCCCAUUCCUCGGUCCCUGCUCCUGCCAACCUAGCAGUUGGAAAGCACAUCAAAGUGCAAGUAGAUAAAUAGGUACCGCUCCGGCGGGAAGGUAAACGGGCGUUUCCAUGCACUGCUCUGGUUCGCCAGAAACGGCUUAGUCAUGCUGGCCACAUGACCCAGAAGCUGUACGCCGGCUCUCUCGGCCAGUAAAGCGAGAUGAGUGCCACAACCCCAGAGUCGUCCGCGACUGGACCUAACAGUCAGGGGUCCCUUUACCAUUUUUUACCCCCCAACUUCUUAAACUGCCGUCCAUCUUGAUGUGGUCCUGUUGGUUUUUGGGAAGGUGUUUGUUUUGUUUUUGUUUUUUGGGAAGGUUUUUGCCUGUGCACAAAUCCCAACUUUUCCUUCCUUUUUUCCUUACAUUCUUAUAUUCUGUUUGUGAGCGAGAGAGUGCCCGUACCGAUUGCGUUGUUCCCAGAGAACAGGAGAUAGGGGUUUUUGGCAAGGGCGACACACUUUUGCCAGAGUCAUUUGGCCCCAUAAAAUAUAUCCUCUGUGGGGUUAUUUGUGGGGAGAAACAGGCGGAAGCAGGCAUGGAUGCGCAGAGGAGAUAGGAAAAGGGACGCCGACAGGGAACAGAUAAGGCAGAAAAGGGGAAACAGAUGGAAAUAGAGACAGAGGCCCAUUUCAAAAGGUGAUCUGCAACAACUUUUGCAUGCUUUGCUGAUCAUUACUGGUGCAUAAAGUAGGAAAAUGUUGAGAGAAUGACCAGAAAUCAGAGGCUCCGUCUUGUUAGUACGACCGUGAGAUGUAAGAUCUCUCUCUCUGUAAGCCAUCUCUGGGGAUCCUUGCUAGUUAUGUGUGCCAAAUUUGUGCCAAAAUUACAAAAGAUUGCCAGGGGUAUUUUCUGUCCUUUUUGCCGACAGGCAAGUCAUUUAAAGAUGUGAAGAGGCAAGAAGUUGCAUUCAGAUUAUUGGAGAUGUCUGAACAGUGAUGUCUCUGAGUUGCAUCCAUGAACAGUUAAUAGGUUUUGCAUUAAAAAUAUUAAUCGAAUGGCAGAGAUUUAUUUUGUUUACAACUUCUCAAGAAAACCCAAACACUGAUCACAAAGGUUUAUGCUUAAUAAGAAAGGGUUUCGCAGAUGUAUACUGUCAUGAAUAGUGGUGUAUGUACAGGAAUACAGGUUUUUGUAAAAAAAAAAUUGGGGGGGGGGUCUGGGAAAUAAAAAGGACAGCAGCAGUGAUGAAUUUGGGGUGGGACAUUCCAGAUGAGCAGGUCUGUUGAAAACUGCCAGGCGCUGAGGGGAAAACUGAACCACCUCACAACUGGGAUUGGCAGGAGACGUCACGUUAGCAGGAGAGGUUUUCUCAGGAGGAACAUCGAGGAAGGAGAAAGCCAAGGAUGGGGUAAGCUGUAAGCAGGAAGGAAAUGCUACUUUGCGGUGGCCGGAGAGUUACGAUGAAAAUAGCCAAGGUCUAUUUUCAUAAUUGCAAAAAUAAAUCCUCUCCAGCCUUGGUGUAGUUUGCUGGCAUUGGUUUCAGGACUUGACUUUCUGAGAAAUACUCAGAACAAUGGUGUCUACAGUAGGUGGAAACUGUGAUGGGCCGAGUUGGGAUGGAGUUUGCGGCAUGCGGAACAGUUUGACAGGCUUUUAGACUGGAGAGUCUAGGGCAGCGUUCAAAUUUGUUUAUUUGUUCCAUGAAAUGUGUGUUGUAAAGCAGGGGUCAGCAACCGAAGGCCCAUGUGCCACAAGCGGCCCACGGUGGUCAUUUAACCGGCCCACGAGUCGCCCCCAAACUGAGUUCCUGUGCAUUGUGCUAAACCAGGGACUCACUUCUGCGGCGCCGGAAAUCACGUUUGCACAGACGCAGAUGCCAGAAAUCACGGGCUGGUGCACCAUCCGGCCCACAGACGGAUCUCCGCUGGAGUGAACUGGCCCAGGCAAGGUGAACCUUGCCCACCCCUGUUGUGAAGCAACAACAACAGCCUCCUCAACACGGUUUACAAAGAGGAUAAAACGAUAAAAUUAUCAGUAAGCAAAAAUAACAACCGUAAUGUAAGGCUUUCGAAAAGUUAAAGCAGCAGUAGACUAAUAACGUAUUAAAAGCGCAGCAGCUUUCUGUAAACUGAAGUCCUUGUGUCCAGACACAGAGACCCUAAAAGAAGGAGUGGUCAGUGACGUCACCUGUCUGGUGUCAAUAGGCAGGGAGUUCCAAAGUGAAAUAUUGAGUUCUUACAGAUGUGGAACGGGCAUUGUGUGGCACCCAUAACAGCACCACUUCUCCCGAUCAAAGCCGUCUGGCGGGCAUAUUUAGGGCAAGGCGAUCUCGCAGGUCCCAAGUUGCUAAGUUGUUUUAUCUGCUAAUAGUAACACCUUGAAGUUGGCCUCGUAGCAAAUGGGCAGCCAGUGCAGAUCUCUGAGCCACAGGUGUUAACAUGCUAUAGGUUUUAGUCUGCACGGUUGUUUUUUUCAGGUUCUUUAAAAGUUGUUAUUAAAAAUGGCCGGUGCUAAUGGAUGGGUAUCAAGGGGCCUGGGACAGCCAGAGGGAUUGUGGGCCAUCGGGCAUCGCUUCCGCAAGGCAGGGCCAGAUCAAGCCAACUUUGCCACCCAAGGCAGAACGUCAAAAGAUGGGCUGUUCCCAAGUCACGGUGCACUGUAUCAGUGUCAGAUAUAUAAGCUUGGCACCAAUUGGCUCCUUAAACCAAGGUAAAGGGACCCCUGACCAUUAGGUCCAGUCGUGACCGACUCUGGGGUUGUGGUGCUCAUCUCGCUUUAUUGGCCAAGGGAGCCGGCGUACAGCUUCUGGGUCAUGUGGCCAGCAUGACUAAGCCGCUUCUGGUGAACCAGAGCAGUGCACGGAAACGCCAUUUACCUUCCCGCCGGAGCGGUACCUAUUUAUCUACUUGCACUGGUGUGCUUUCGAACUGCUAGGUUGGCAGGAGCAGGGACCGAGGAAUGGGAGCUCACCCCGUUGCGGGGAUUCGAACCGCCGACCUUCUGAUUGGCAAGUCCUAGACUCUGUGGUUUAACCCACAGCGCCACCCGCGUCCCUAAACCAAGGUUACGGUGGCCCAAAUAGAAUGUCUAGUGCCCAUUUUGAUACUUUCUGAUAUUUAUGGUUUACCACACAUUGUAAUUGGAGUGCUAUUUUGUAUCAUGCAGCUUUUCGGACUGAUGAAGCGUGUAGCGAAACCUGUAAUAUAUCCGGAGAACAGGUCUCCUUUUGCCCAAUUGCUUUGUGUUUCCAACUCAAGACCCAUUGAAGAACAUCUCAUCCAGUUCAAUCUUUGAAAAACAGCUUUGAAAAACUUUUUCAUAUUCUCCAGUGUGGCGAAUCCUUGCCAUUGUGGUGGUACGGGGUUGCCGCUCUCUGACUGGACUUAUGCUACUUGUUGAACGGUUCGUUUAUCCAGUCUGUACAACGUUUAUUGCACAUGUAACUUGUUAAGAUACAGUUGUACAUUUAUCCACUCCAUGUUUACAGUAUCUCCAGGCUUUGUUUUGCACAUGGCACCUUAGUAUGUUUGUUGCUUGAAUGGUUACAAGUCUAUCUCUAUUCUAGCUAUUAUUCUAGUGAAUUUGGUUUUAUACUUAUAAGCCAGUUUGUGGUGGUGUUGUUCUGUUGCAUAGUUCAGAUGACAACCUUGAGCUGGGUUAAGAGCUUUGAGAACUGAAACUGCAUAUCUAUUGGCCUGUUGUGUCCUUUUUGAUUAAGGGUGAUGCGGACCAUUCAUAACGUAGGAAUAUGCUUCACAUCUGUGAGCAGGGCAGUGGGGUGGGGUGAGCAAAGACAAGUGGCAGCAGUUUGCUAUAACCUCGUUUCCUACAGAGAGCCUCCGAAACUCCUGAGGAGCAGCUCCUCUUCCAGCGGUGAGAAAAGCCACAGCUCCAGUGGAGAAGAGAGGUAAGGGGCCAGCCAGGCGAGGAAAGGGCUUGAGGAUGCUGCUGAGAGUCCCAGCGCCUCACCUCGCGGGGCUGGGCAGGAGGGACACACGCCCCUUCCGUCCCAGCUUGAACAGAGGGGUGAAACGCAAGGAGGGGAGAAGGAGACUUGGGGUGCCGAAGUUCUUAUGUUGGGGGAGAAACCGGAAGGGGCCACUCCCGGAUUCUGCAAGUGACUGAGACGGACAUGAACUUUGUGGUUCUGCACUGUAAAUAGUUUGCACAUAGCUAUCAACUUUCAGAUUUGAAAAUAAGGGAUCAGCAGCCUCAGCUAUCCCGGGGACAGUCUACUGUACGGAAUAUCUAACAAUCCGGGAUAGCAGCGGGAAGCAGCGGGAAACGGCGCUGGAAUAAGGGAAUUUCCUGCAAAAAAAAGGGAAGGUUGACAGCUAUGUGUUUGCACCAAUAAAACCUGUAAAAGACAGGUUGGAGUCCUGCCUGGUUACUCACGAGCAACUACCAACAGCACCUGACAGUAUCCCAGGCAUAACAAGCCAUUUUGUCACUCAAGGCCCAAAAUCCUCUCCCUGGGAGUAAAAAUAUCGCAAUAAUAAUGGAUGCUUUGAAGAAGUAAGCCUUUGACACCCAAGGCAGCUGUCUCCCUCUGCCCAACGACAGAGCCGGCCCUGUCAUUAGGAGGACACCCUACUGAGCUCCCCGGUCUAGGCAUCCCUUCUCAUUCCCAGCCCACUGUCCUGACUUCCCCUCCGUCUCCAGAUUUCUCUUGAGUAAAAGAAAUUCCCAGGCCCGGGGAAAUGCAAAUGGGUGAUGGCCUGGAGUUUCUUGACUGCAUCCCGACGUUUCCAGGGCGACCGGUCCCUGCAUGAGGCUGGCCAUGUGGAAGCGGUUUGAGAAAAGGAGAGGUGCCCCGGGAACAAAGGCUGUUUCACUCCCAGACUGAAGGCCUGCGUGGCGGGUUACGUGUUUCGAGGGAGACGGUCCGCGCAUUUGGCUGAGAGGCGACUGCUAAGUACUUGGCACGCAUGCGAAGCAGCCCGGGGGCGGACUCUGUGCAGAUAUUCAACAGGGACAUCCCUCCCUCCCUUCUCGCCUUCGUUGCUUCAUCUCUACGCUGGGGGAGAGCUGCACCUGUUGAAUUCUGCCUGUGAUGCAUUGAAAGGUUCGAAGCCUCGGCCAAGAAACUCUUCCAGUGAGAAAUGCAACGUUCUCUCUUGGCUGUAAACAACAUGAGGGUUAGUGUUAAGUUGAUUAAUUGAGUCCGUAUAAUCUAGAUUAAUUCAUUCCACAUAAAUACCACCCUGGGAAUCUUAUAAAUUGCCUCUUAAUAUGAAAGGAAUGAGAUGGAGGUGGGAACUUCAAGUUAAUUAGUGCAGAAUAUUAUUAUGAUGAUUGUUGUUGUUGUUGUUGUUUAUUAACCUGACCUUCACCAGAACAGCCCAGGGCAAGUGACAGCAAUAUAAAAUACAGCAUUAAAAACUAUUUAAAACAAUUUCAAAUCACUUCCCAUGAGGUGUCUCAAUGCAAUGAAAACCUACUGAGAAAAAAAUUGCAUAUAUAAAAACAGUUAAAGCAUUUGCAUAUAUAAAGGCAAGUUUGAAAAUUAUAUAUAAAUGAUAAUAAUUUUGAACAAUGGCAACAACACACACAUAUAAAAUCAGUUCUAAUCUAAUGCAGAUGUCAACAAGGAUGAAAUGCAUGAAUCACAGGCUGUGGUCGUUGCAAUCCCAGUGUCAGAAGAAGAGGGGAUCAAAUCUAUUACACACAUUGCUGAACCUGAUUGCUAUCAUGCAUAUAGUGAUCGCAAUACCUUAUGAAAUGAUUUCUCUCUGGGUUACUGUUAUUUACCUUAUUUUAUAUACCGAAUUUAAUUUUCAAAAAAAUAUUUCAAAAGAAAAGAAGGGAGAAUCUGGAAACAGCCAGGUGAUGUGGGUGUUUUUGAGCAAGCCUAAACCUACCAGGUCUUUGGGAAAAACAUUGAGACGUGUUCAUCUCUUUCUCUCCCUCUCUCUUUAACUUGCAGUGGACAUUAGGGAAAUUAAGGAGAUCCGUCCAGGGAAGAAUUCCCGGGAUUUUGAACGAUACCCAGAAGAUGCCCGGAAACUGGAUUCGGCUUUGUGCUUCGUUGUCUUAUACGGAAUUGACUUCAGGCUGAAGACCUUGAGCUUGGCUGGUCAGUGGGACGCAAUGGGGAGGAGGUUUGUGGAGAGGGGAGGCAAAUCUUUACACCCCUUGCCAGGGAGGGAGGGGAUUCUUGCCACCUUUUCAGUCCCUUCCAAGCCUACGAUUCUAUAAAGACACCAAGUCCAUUUUAUUGACUAGAAAGUCGAGGCCUGGGAGAGGAGGAGAGGAGGAAGGUGCUUUUCUGACCCCUUGCCUGUUCCAUUGGCCUGCAUACGCAAACAGAGACCGCCUCUUUUUACCUGGAAAUUCGCUUGCAACCUGUUCCCUCCCUCCCUGGGUCGCCAUUAAUAGACGAGCAAAAGAAUGAGAUUUGGAAACCGAGCUGUUUCCAUUUGCAGCGUCUACUUUCUAUUAAGCAAACCGAGACUGUCUGUGGUUACACCUUGCUCGGAUUAGCAUAGAUGGAAGAUUACUUUCUCCUAAUUAGGUUGCGCUCUGAGAUAAUCGCCUGAGUUUCUCGCAGGAGCGACGGACGCAUGGCAGCGGGAGUUGUGGUGAGAGGAGGGGUUCUCCUUGCCUGAUCUCCAGCCUGUUGCUCUUUGCCAGAGCUGAUCCUAUGCGCCUGGUGGUUUUUGUGGCACCGUACUUACCUCGCUGCUGCCUGCACAUCCCAGUGAACAGCAGCAACAGGACUGACCCAGUGCUGGAUUUACGUACAGUGGACGCUCGGGUUGCGAACGUGAUCCGUGCGGGAUGCACGUUCGCAACCUGCAGCGUUCGCAACCUGCGUCUGCGCAUGUGCGGGUUGCAAUUCGGUGCUUCUGUGCAUGCGCAAAGCACAAUUUAGCGCUUCUGCACAUGUGCGGCCACCGAAACCCGGAAGUAACCCAUUCCGGUACUUCCGGGUUUUGGCGGUCCGUAACCCAAAAAGACACAACCUUGAAGUGGUUGUAACCCGAGAUACGACUGUAUAAGCUAAGCAAGCUAUAGCUUAGGGCAUGGGUAUGCAAACUAAGGCGCAGGAGCAGGAUCCGGCCCGUGGACGGUCCAGGAAUCAGCGUGUUUUUACAUUAGUAGAUUGUGUCCUUUUAUUUAAAAUGCACCUCUGGGUUAUUUGUGGGGCAUAGGAAUUUGUUCUCCCCUCCCCCCCAAAAAUAUAGUCCUGCCCCCCACAAGGUCUGAGGGACAGUGAACCGGCCCCCUGCUGAAAAAGUUUGCUGACCCCUGGCUUAGGGCCCCGCUCUCUUGGGGGUCCAAAAAAAAUUUAAAGGGGAAAAAACCUGAAUGUACAUUUCCAGAAUAUAAGAUAAAAAAUAUAUAAAAUAAAACGUACAUACAGCAACAGUGUUUUGCGUUGUGUAGGCUCCUAGGAUGUAAAUCAUGGGCCCCGCCUGCUAGCCUGCUCCCUAAAAUAUCACUGAAAUAUAACUGGUUUGCUCAUUUCUAUAUAUAGGGGGCCUACAUUAUGCAGGGAUUGGUUGCAUGGCAACAUGUGCAAGGCUUUAGAUACCUAUUAGGUCCAUAAAUUACCAUAUAGCACCCCCAAACCCGGCCCUCCAGUUGUUCUCUGCUUGGCUUGAUGCUGUUUCUGGAAUCUAAAGGGUGAUGUUCUCAGCCUGUUUUGUCUGCCUCUGGCCUCCGGCCAGGACAAAUAAGCAUCGUAUGACUAAUGCGACGCCUAUGGGGUGUGGCGCACCUGCCUUCCGCUCUGCUUUUACGGCAGCAUUCAACUCUCCCUGUAAUUUUCCCACCAGAAAACAUCCCUAUUUCCCUUUGUGCAAAUCCACGCUCCAGUUUCCCUAAAGGGGAACUUCUGUAUCGGGUGUCACCGAAACGGUGCAAGGCGUUGCAUAGCAAUGGACGUGGGAACAGAGGAAGCUGCCUUACCCUGAGCCCAGACCAUUGGGUCCAUCCAGGUCAAUAUUGUCUACUCGGACUGGCAGCUGCUCCCCAGGGUUUCAGACAGGAGUCUUUGCCCCCAGGCCUGACUAGAGAUUCUGGGGGAUUUCUAGUUACCCAAAUACAUCAUGCGCACAAAAUAUCAAAACAGCAGCCUAUAGGCUGGGGCAAUAAUAAAAUUAAUAAAUGAAGUUGAUGGACGAUGCCGAAAAGGCUAAAAUGACGGGAAGAAAUCAGGAAGACGAAAAAAUUUAAUAAGGAAUGGGGAAAAUACUGUACAUAACUUAUCUUGAAGACUAUUGUAAACAGUUAAAAUCAUUAGUAGGAUUGGAAUAUCACUUGUAGUUUAAGGGUGAAUUCUAGACACAAUGGAAGAAGUAAAGGGUUUGGAUUAUCAUAAAAAAUGCAGGAGGGAAUGAUUAAUAAUCUGAAGGCAGCCCUGUUUAGGGAAACUUUUAAUGUUUGAUGUAUUACGGUAUUUUAAUAUUUUGUUGGAAGCCGCCCAGAGUGGCUGGGGAAGCCCAGCCAGAUGGGUGGGGUAUAAAUAAUAAAUUAUUAUUAUUAUUAUUAUUAUUAUUAUACCCACAAAUGGGAAGAUGGAGGUCCAGGAGAUUCCUCGCAAUCUUGUUUUUAUGAUUUAUGAUUGAUAUAUCUCUGUAAAAUUUUAAUUUGAAAAACCAAAUAAUUUAAAAUAAAUAAAUGCACCCAAAUGAUGUUAACAGCCAGCAAAAGCUUGAGAAAAUAUCUGAUUUUUUUAGCCAGCACUGAAACGGCACCAUGCAAUCAUAGAAUUGUCGAGUCGGAUGGGACUGUGAGGCUCAUCUUUUCCAACCCCCUGCCAUGCAGGAAUCUCAGCUAGAGAGAUUUCACACACGCACACUUGCACUAAAUAAAUAAAUGCACAUAUCAGAAGUGCGGUGCAGUGGUUAGAGAGUGUCGGACUAGGACGUGGGAGACCAGGGUUCGAAUUCCCACUCAGCCAUGGGUGACUUUAGGGACCAGUCACUGCCUCUCAGCCUAUCUUACCUUGCAGGGCUUUUGUGGGGAUUAAAUGAGGAAGAGGGAAUCUUGUGCUCCAGCUCCUUGUAGAAAAAGGUAGAAUAUAAAUCCAAUAAACAAACAAAUGCAAGUAAAGCAUAAGGAAGAGAAGAUGUUUGUCUUGGCACUCUCUCAUCCAGAGCUGUUUUCAGGCUCCCAAUCUCCUCUUGUCUGCAAUGUUCCAACAAGACACUUUUCUCCAGGCAAAAAGAGACGGGUUAAUCUGGGCUGCAGGGAAUUUGCCAGGGGUCAGCAAACUUUUUUUUUUAUUUUUUAUAUAAUAUUUAUUCAAAUUUUAAGAUUACAGAAAAAGAAAAAGUAAAGCAAGAAAAACCAAUAAACACACAAUACAAGAAAAAAUACACAAGACAAAAAAAUCACAAUAAAAAAUAACAAAAGAAAAAUUCAGAUUAAACCAUUAGAGCCGUUUUCCCAUUUACUUAUUUCCGUGACUUCCUCUCACUUCUCUGCUUUGUAUUCUAAUUCAAAUUGUAUCUCCAGCAAAUCCUUCAAACAUUCUUUUCAUUUGCUUAUUUUAACAUUUUAACAUUCAAAAAUAUUUAAUUCUCCUCUAUCUUUUAUUUUACACUUCAUAUUUACUUAAUUCCAUUAUACUCUGUCUGCCAAUACGGUCUAAUAUUUCUUCUCCGACCUUUUCUAACAUUCUUUUAUGUUACAGUAAUUCUGUAGAUAUGUUUUAAACUUUUUCCAAUCUUCUUCCAUCAACCCUUGGAAGGGUUGGAGCUGUUCAACCCUUGGAGCUGUUCUUGGAAGCAACAGAGCACACCGUCUCCACCAAGGAGGAGACGGGGGACUCCCCUGAGAAGGACGCUAGUUCACCAACACAGGAGCCAGAUAUAUGGAGAAACGUGACUCAAAGAAGUAGGAGGCCCAGGGUUCGCUCUGAUUGUUUAGAAAUACACAAUCGCUUUGAGGUCCUCUCCCCUAGCAUGGAAGACGAAGAGCAGACUCCAUUUGAGGAUCUCUCCCUCAUUACAGUCGAUCAGGUAUAUGAAGACGAGCAGCAAAGUCAGUCCUCAGGGAAUGUGCAGGCGACCUUGGAGCGGACAGCUCACGGAAGAACCCCGACCAAACCUAAGAGGAGGCGUGUAGUGGUGAUAGGGGAUUCUCUACUGAGGGGAACAGAAGCAGUGAUCUAUGGGCCUGACAAGAUGUCUCGGGAAGUGUGCUGUCUCCCGGGGCUAAGAUCCAAGAUGUAACUGAACGACUGCAAGGAAUCAUAAAACCCACUGACAAAUACCCCUUCCUCUUGGUUCAUGUGGGAACCAAUGACACUGCAAGCAAUAGCCUCCAGAAGAUCAAAAGAGACUACGAGGCUCUGGGCAGGAAAUUGAAGCAAUUAAAUGCACAAAUUGUUAUCUCAUCUGUCCUCCCAGUUGAACGACGUGGUCCAGGGAGAGAGGGGAAAAUAGUGGAAGUGAACAGCUGGCUUCGCAAAUGGUGUAAACAGGAACGGUUUGGAUUCUUAGAUCACGGACUGCAGUUUCUUGAAGAUGGACUUCUGGCAAGCGAUGGGCUGCACCUCACAACGGUUGGGAGAAAAGUUUUUGCCAAAAAUCUCAGAAACCUCAUCAGGAGGGCUUUAAACUGACUAAUGUGGGGGAGGGAGACAGUGCUCCUGAAGGUAGGAGUCUAUCAAUUGAUGAAGAUGAUCAUCCAAAUGUCAUAGACCAAAUGGAGCAAACAGCACACAGACCUAGUGGUGGGAGGAAAAAAUCCUUAAAUAAGAGUCACGGGGGAAUGAUUAAUGGACUUCAAUGUCUGUACACUAAUGCGCAAAGCAUGGGAAAUAAACAAGAUGAGCUCUUGGUACAGCAAACUAAAUAUGACAUAAUAGGCAUCACUGAAACCUGGUGGGAUAAGUCCCACGAUUGGAAUGUAAUAAUGGGGGGAUACAAUCUAUUUCAGAGAAACAGACCAGACAAGAAAGGAGGAGGAGUGGCGUUAUAUGUCAGGGAUGUGUAUACCUGUGAAGUGAUCCAAGAUUUAGAACCUCAAAACCAAAGUGAGAGCAUUUGGGUCAAAAUUAAGGGAGAGAAGAAUAACAGUGACCUCAUUGUGGGAGUUUACUACAGAUCCCCAAGCCAAACGGAGGACAUAGAUGAUGCCUUCCUGGAACAGAUGGCCAAGCAUGCAAAAGGAAGGGAGAUAGUAGUAAUGGGGGACUUCAAUUACCCGGAUAUUUGUUGGAUGUCAAACUCAGCCAAGAGCAUAAGGUCAAACAGAUUCCUCACUGGCCUUGCAGACAACUUCAUUGUCCAGAAAGUGGGAGAAGCAACAAGAGGAACAGCCAUUUUAGAUCUGGUCCUAACCAAUGUUGAUGACCUGGUUAGUGGGGUAGAAGUGGAAGGAUCAUUAGGCGCAAGUGAUCAUGCUCUUCUGAAGUUUACUAUACAGCGGAAAGGAGCAGCCAAGCAUACUAGGACUCAAUUUCUUGACUUUAAGAAAGCUGACUUCAUAAAACUGGAACGUGUCCAGAGGAGGGCAACCAAAAUGGUCAAAUGCCUGGAAACGAUGCCUUAUGAGGAACGGCUAAGGGAGCUGGGCAUGUUUAGCCUGGAGAAGAGGAGGUUAAGGGGUGAUAUGAUAGCCAUGUUCAAAUAUAUAAAAGGAUGUCACAUAGAGGAGGGAGAAAGGUUGUUUUCUGCUGCUCCAGAGAAGCGGACACGGAGCAAUGGAUCCAAACUACAAGAAAGAAGAUUCCACCUAAACAUUAGGAAGAACUUCCUGACAGUAAGAGCUGUUCGACAGUGGAAUUUGCUGCCAAGGAGUGUGGUGGAGUCUCCUUCUUUGGAGGUCUUUAAGCAGAGGCUUGACAACCAUAUGUCAGGAGUGCUCUGAUGGUGUUCCUGCUUGGCAGGGGGUUGGACUCGAUGGCCCUUGUGGUCUCUUCCAACUCUAUGAUUCUAUGAUUCUAUGAUUCUAUGAUUCUAUGAACCCUUCUUCUUGGUCUCGAAUUCUGCCGGUCAUCUCAGCCAGUUCCAUAUAGUCUAUCACUUUUCUCUGCCAUUCUUCUCGAGUAGGCAAUUCUUGUGUCUUCCAGUAUUUUCCAAUGAGUAUUCUUGCUGCUGCUGUCGCAUACAUGAAAAAAGUUCUAUCUUCCCUUCGCACCAAUUGGCCGACCAUGCCCAAGAGGAAGGCCUCUGGUUUCUUUAGAAAAGUAUAUUUCAAUACCUAUUUUAAUUCAUUAUAUAUCAUUUCCCAGAAUACCUUGAUAUUUGGGCACGUCCACCAAAGGUGAAAAAAGUACCUUCGUUUUCUUUACAUUUCCAACAUUUAUUAUCAGACAAAUGAUAAAUUUUUGCUAGCUUGACUGGGGUUAAGUACCACCUGUAAAUCAUUUUCAUUAUGUUUUCUCUAAAGCAUUGCAAGCCGUAAAUUUCAUACCUGUGGUCCAUAACCGUUCCCAGUCAGCAAACAUAAUGUUAUGCCCAACAUCUUGCGCCCAUUUAAUCAUAACAGAUUUAACCAUUUCAUCCUGUGUAUUCCAUUUCAACAGCAGAUUAUACAUUCUUGAUAAAUUUUUAGUUUUAGGUUCUAACAAUUCCGUUUCCAGUUUAGAUUUUUCCUCCUGGAAACCAAUCUUUUUGUCUAAGUUAAAAACCUCCCUUAUUUGAUAAUAAUGCAGCCAAUCUCGAACUUUAGUUUUUAAUUUAUCGAAACUCUGCAAUUUUAGUUUAUCUCCAACUUGUUCUAAAAUUUCACAAUAUUUUGGCCAGUUUGUCUCCAUAUUAGUUUUUUUCAAUGCCUUUGCCUCCAUUGGUGACAGCCACCUUGGUGUUUUACUUUCCAACAAAUCCUUGUAUCUCACCCAAACAUUAAACAAUGCUUUCCUGACAAUAUGGUUCUUAAAGGCCUUAUGCGCUUUAACUUUAUCAUACCAUAGAUAUGCAUGCCAUCCAAAAACGUUAUCAAAACCUUCUAAAUCCAAAAUGUCCACAUUUUCAAGAAGUAGCCAAUCUUUCAGCCAGCAAAAGCGGCUGAUUCGUAGUAAAGUUUAAGAUCUGGCAGGGCAAAUCCCCUCUUUCCUUCGCAUCUGUUAAUAUCUUAAAUUUUAUUCUAGGUUUUUGCCCUGCCAGAUAAAUUUGGAAAUGUCUCUUUGCCACCUCUUGAAACAGUCCAUUUUGUCCACAAUUUGUAAUGUUUGAAACAAAAACAACAUUCUAGGCAGUACAUUCAUCUUUAUCGCAGCAAUUCGGCCAAGCAAUGAUAACUUCAAUUUCGACCAUAUUUCUAGAUCCUUCUUCACCUCUGACCAACAUUUUUCAUAAUUAUCUUUAAACAAAUUCACAUUUUUAGCAGUCAUAUUCACCCCUAAAUAUUUCACUUUGUUAACAAUUGUUAAUCCUGUCUCUUUCUGGAACCUCUCCUUCUCUAUCUCUGUAAGAUUUUUCUCUAAUACCUUGGUUUUCAUCUUGUUUAAUUUAAAACCAGCUACUUGACCAAAUUCUUGUAUUAAUUGUAGCACCCUUUUUGUGCUAGCUUCUGGCUCCUGUACUGUCAAAACUAAAUCAUCAGCAAAAGCUUUCAAUUUGUACUGUUUAGCUCCGAGUUGUAUACCUUUAACCAAUUGGUCUUUUCUAAUCAUAUUGAGCAAAACCUCGAGGACCGAUAUAAAAAGCAAUGGGGAGAUUGGGCAGCCCUGUCUUGUUCCUUUCUCUAUCUUAAAUUCUGGGGCCAGCAAACUUUUUCAGCAGGGGGCCGGUCCACUGUCCCUCAGACCUUGUGGGGGGCCGGACUAUAUUUUGAAAAAAAUAUAUAUGAAUGAAUUCCUAUGCCCCACAAAUAACCCAGAGAAGCUGUCCAGGGUUGUAAAGACUGCAGAGAGAAUAAUUGGGUGCACUCUUCCCACCUUGGAUCAAAUCUACGCUUCCAGGUGUCACAAGAAAGCUGCAGAGAUAGCGCAGAAUAGUGAGCACCCCGGAAAUUAUCUCUUUCAGCUUCUGCCUUCUGGAAGAAGAUCCAGGGUUAUAAAGACUAGGACUAGCCGCCUGAGAAACAGUUUCUACCAAAUGUGAUUUUGGUUUCAAACGCAGUGUAAGGUAGUCUCUGUGGGAGUAUAUUGUAUUUAAUUAUGGGGUAUCAGAGGUUUUAGGGGGUUAACCAGGCUGGGAUAGCUGGGACAGCAGGCUUGUUGGGUUUUGAAUGUCUUAUGUACCGUAGAUUUUUCAAUUUCGUUGUUCUGUGUGGGAGAAUGACAAUAAUGAUUAUCGUAUCAUAUCGUAAAUAAAACCACACGUUCUACUCAUGUAAAAACACCAGGCAGGCCCCACAAAUAACCCAGAGAUGCAUUUUAAAUAAAAGGACACAUUCUACUCAUGUAAAACACUCUGAUUCCCGGACCGUCCACAGGCCAGAUUUAGAAGGCGAUUGGGCCAGAUCCGGCCCCCGGGCCUUAGUUUGCCUACCCAUGUGCCAGUCCCUCUUGCCACCUUCCUUGUCAGAGUCUUCUACUUCGUGAAGACCACCCACAUCCCUAGGGGUCCAUCGACUACGUUGAAAGCUGGAGGGGUUAAAUGUUUUGUGCAGCAAGCAGAGCCUCUGCCCCGGUUCCUGGCCAGAUCCCGAUGGGGAAAUAGGCUGCGGUUUGGACCUUUUCUUUGAGCCGAAGUACAGGCAGCAAGGUCUCCCCUCCGUCUUCGUUCUCUGCCGUUCUCUUUUCCAGCCUUUUGCGAAGAAGAUGUCAACCUCUGGGUGGCCGGCUUGAAUUGGCUGCUGACGGACACGCAGCGAUCGCAGACGCCGCUCCACAUCGAAAGGUGGCUAAGGAAGCAGUUUGACUCGAUGGACAGGUCGAGAGAAGGCAGGUGAGUGAGGAGCGCCGUUCUCUCCAGAAGAGCCGCAAAUCGGGGCCUCCUCUCCCUUCCUGCACCAUCGCAGGAUCGCAAAUGCUUCCUUCGCAGCCCAGUUUGCACCUGCGGUUGCGUCGCUCCUUUUGUCCUGGAACCAGUUUGCAAACUGGCGUCCACAGCAGCGAACGGCUGUACUUAGUUAUGGGAUGUAAACAUAAUAGAAGGUAUUAUUUGAUAAAGGUUAUGGUGUGAAAUUAUCAUAAUAUAUUCAAAGAGAGGUUCCCUCUGAUGAGAAGCACCUUUUUUUUGCAUAGUUGAUAAAGCAUGAUUGUUGUUGUUUAGGCAGUUUGGUCAAACUCAUGCUGGUAGCUUGGAUAACACUGUCCCACCAUCUCGUCCUCUGUCGUCCCCUUCUCCUUGUGCCCUCCAUCUUUCCCAACAUCAGGGUCUUUUCCAGGGAGUCUUCUCUUCUCAUGAGGUGGCCAAAGUCUUGGAGCCUCAGCUUCAGGAUCUGUCCUUCCAGUGAGCACUCAGGGCUGAUUUCCUUCAGAAUGGAGAGGUUUGAUCUUCUUGCAGUCCAUGGGACUCUCCAGAGUCUCCUCCAGCACCAGAAUUCAAAAGCAUCCAUUCUUCGGCGAUCAGCCUUCUUUAAGGAAAAGCAAGAGAGGCCGAGCACCCGAGGCUUUUUUCGUGGUAGGGGGUGGGAGCUCUGGCCUGACAGCCCUCCCUGUAUGCCAGCGAUCUGUAAACAGGAUGCCGAAGAGGAAAGGAUGGGAGUUCAUGCAGGAAGAGACGGGCGUGGAAGCGCAGCAAGGAGAAAGCAGAGCACCAAAGGAAUUGUUUUCCCCUCAGCUGUAUAUGCCACACAGAGCUAUCAUUAGCCGUCUUCAGGAACCAGCUGCAAUCCAUAAUAAUAAUAAUAAUAAUAAUAAUAAUAAUAAUAAUAAUAAUUUGGAGGGAAGCAGGUGGCGCUGUGGGUUAAACCACAGAGCCCAGGGCUUGCCGAUCGGAAGGUCAGCGGUUCGAAUCCCCGCGACGGGGUGAGCUCCUGUUGCUCGGUCCCUGCUCCUGCCAACCUAGCAGUUCGAAAGCACGUCAAAGUGCAAGUAGAUAAAUAGGUACCGCUCUGGGAGGAAGGUAAACGGCGUUUCUGUGCGCUGCUCUGGUUCGCCAGAAGUGGCGUAGUCAUGCUGGCCACAUGACCCGGAAGCUGUACGCCGGCUCCCUCGGCCAGUAAAGCGAGAUGAGCGCCACAACCCCAGAGUCGGCCACGACUGGACCUAAUGGUCAGGGGUCCCUUUACCUUUACCUUUAAUAAUAAUUUAUUAUUUAUACCCCACCCAUCUGGCUGAGUUUCCCCAGCCACUCUGGGUGGCUCCCAACAAAGUAUUAAAAUACAGUGGUCCGUUAAACAUUAAAAGCUUCCCUAAAGAGGGCUGCCUUCAGAUGUCUUCUAAAGCAUUAUUUUGUGAGGAAUGGUGUUUUCAGCCUUCUUAUUAUUUCCCACUGGGUUAAUUUUGAAUUCGCUUUAAUCCCGCUCGCAUUCUUUCAAUCAGCUCAUUUUAACCCCAGAGGGAUUGGUCCAAGGCGCAACUGUCGCAGUUACACUUGGAUUAUUCUAUCAAAGCAUCCAUUUAGUCCCCUCGGUCUUGUAUUAAUCAAAUGCUUAAUUUAAUCCCAGUGGAAUUCAUUUUAAAAAAAGAAAACUAAAAAGCAACAACCUCGGUUUAAUCCAAUUUGGAUUUCAAAAUACGCCUAAUCUCGUGUUAUUUCAUACUUUUUAAGAUCGGUAGUGUUCCUUCACAGAACAAGCCUUUCCAGCAAACUAUUGAGAUUGCAGCAACCAUUUUUAAUCCGCAACUUAUGAUGAAAUUCCAUGUUGGACUUAAAUACGCAUCAGGUAAACAGGCUGAUCGGGCUGGAAUCCCUCUGAUAAAACUCAACAGCCCUUACAACGACCCUGAGAAGUAGACUAGGCCCAGAGGCAGCGACUGACUCCAAGCUUCGUGGCUGGCUGAGUGGAGGAUUCGAACUCUGCUCUCCCAGGUCCGAGUCCGACGCUCGAACCAUUACGCCACGCUGCCUCGCAAGAGUUGCGCAAGGGAUCCGUCACACCUGGAGGGGAAGGAACAUGACUGGGUACUACCAUCUCCGUCUUAGCAUUUUGGCCGUUUCCGCAGUCCUGUUUCGUUCUCCCCUCGCAGGCCUGUCACCUGCAAAGCUACCUGUGCAGGCUGGAGGAGAGGAAGGGACCCAGGAAGGGCUUUAACCGCCCUCUUCCUGGGAAACCAGCACCCAGCAAACCUGGCCUGCAAUGCACAGAGCAGCUGGUUUAAGUUAGCAGAGGUGGAGUCAUGGGGAGGGAGCAGCUGAGCCAAGGCUUCACCCUGCUGCCACCUGCCGCCCGAGAUGGAGAGCAGCAGGUGAGCUCCAGCCCCGAUGUGACCCUGGGAGUGCCAUGCCUAAUAGGAUUGCAGCCAAGGUGGGCAAGGCUGUGAUCCCCCUUGAGAUGGACUGCUUUGUGGGUUUCCUUUUCCCCCCUCAUUUUAGUUAUUUAUUAACAUUCAUAUAUAUAUGAAUGUUAAUAAAUUCAAAACCUUUUAAUGAGGGUGAAAGAGGAGAGUGCAAAAUAUGGUCUGAAGCUCAACAUCAAAAAACGAAGAUCAUGGCCCAUCACCUCCUGGCAAAUAGAAGGGGAAGAAAUGGAGGCAGUGAGAGAUUUUUCUUUCUUGGGCUCCAUGAUCACUGCAGAUGGUGACAGCAGUCACGAAAUUAAAAGACGCCUGCUUCUUGGGAGAAAGGCGAUGACAAACCUAGACAGCAUCUUAAAAAGCAGAGACAUCACCUUGCCGACAAAGGUCCGUAUAGUUAAAGCUCUGGUUUUCCCAGUAGUGAUGUAUGGAAGUGAGAGCUGGACCAUCAAGAAGGCUGAUCGCCAAAGAAUGGAUGCUUUUGAAUUCUGGUGCUGGAGGAGGAGAGGACGGGGAGCUCACCCCGUUGCUGGGAUUCAAACCCCCGACCUUCUGAUCGGCAAGCCCAAGGCUCUGUGGUUUAACCCAUAGCGCUUACAAUUCUGUGUGCUGGGAAAGAAGAUCAUAAGGUACAGGUGGGUAGGUUCACGGGGGAGAAUUCAGUCUGGUACUCUGGACCCAAGCCAUUUAGGGAUUCAGAAGUCAAGCCCAGCGCUUUGAAUUGGGCCUCAGAGACACCUGAUUUGCUAGCAAAACACCCCAGAUUCAAUCUCCAGAAAGGGCUGGGAAUUUCCCCUUCCCUAAGACCCUGAAGAGGGGACGCGGGUGGUGCUGAGGUCUAAACCACAGAGCCUAGGGCUCGCCGAUCAGAAGGUCGGCGGUUCAAAUCCCCACGACGGGGUGAGCUCCCGUUGCUCAGUCCCUGCUCCUGCCAACCUAGCAGUUCAAAAGCACGUCAAAGUGCAAGUAGAUAAAUAGGUACCACUCCGGCGGGAAGGUAAACAGCGUUUCCGGGCACUGCUCUGGUUCGCCAGAAGCGGCUUAGUCAGGCUGGCCACAUGACCCGGAGCUGUACGCUGGCUCCCUCAGCCAGUAAAGCGAGAUGAGCGCCGCAACCCCAGAAUCGGCCACAACUGGACCUAAUGGUCAGGUGUCCCUUUACCUUUAAGACCCUGGAGAGUCCCUCUCAGUCAGCAUGAACAAUGCAGGGCUAGACAGAGCCCCAGCGGUUUGACUCGCCCCAGAGAGCUUCCUGCGUUUCUCAUGCUUCAAAAUUGACAUCAUGUCCGCUGGCCGACCACUGUUAACAGCCUUGGCAGCCACGUUCCACGGUGGCUGCAACAUCUGAGAACUCUUGCUCAUUUAUUUAUGUUCUAAUUUAUUUAUUUCCAUUUAUGAAUCAUUUCCUAUAAAGCCACUCUCCCAAGCCAGCCUCGUCUCAGGCCAUUUAAAAGCAAUCUAGCCUGGAUGUGACUAAGAGGCUGGCGUGUGAAUUACUUGGGGCCAGAUCACUUGCCUCGAGGAGAGAUCCCAGCCGGCACGUCCGCUGAGGCUGGGAGGGGAGAAGGAGCUCUUGGGGUCACCAGUUGGACAGAGAGGAGCAGCUGGAUCCAAGACUAUGUGCAAAACUGUGAACCUGCAUCUUUGGGGAGAGGGCAGCCCCAAAAUGAUGGUGUGCUCACCCCAGAAGGAAUAAUAAUCUGCGGCAGCCAUACGCUGAGGGCUGGCUCACGUUCCCGCUUCUUAAAUAGCAGCUCCCUGGUGCUGGAGGCCUCUGGUUUGCUUUGCAAGACUUAGUAUCCCCUUCAUGCUGCCCCCCUUGACACUUGCAUGAGAACAGUGUUCAGCAGAUUCACCGUAUUUUUUCGCUCUAUAAGACGCACCAGACCACAAGACGCACCUAGUUUUUGGAGGAGGAAAACAAGAAAAAAAAAUAUUCUGAAUCCCAGAAGCCAGAACAGCAAGAGGGAUCUGGCUUCUAACAUAGCUUCUUGCUGUUCCGGCUUCUGGGAUGAAGGCUCCCCCUGCCCUCAAGAGGCUUCGUGUGGCUAAGCCAGAAGCCAGGAUAGCUGUGCAGCGAUCCCACUUGCUUUCCUGGCUUAUGGGAUAGCCACGCACAGCCUCUCCCGGGCAGCGGGAUGAAAGCUCCCCCAAGAGCCGCGCUCCCUUUAAAGAGCUUGCGGAGCGUGUGUGCAGCUUUUGGGGGAGCCCUUCUCCCUCCUCGGGGAAAACCCCCCCAAGAGCCGCAUACACACUCCAUGCGGCUCUUUAAAGGGAGCGCUGAGCAGAGCCUCCCGCCUGCAUUCGCUCCAUAAGAUGCACACACAUUUCACUUUACUUUUUAGGAGGGGGAAGUGUGUCUUAUAGAGCGAAAAAUACGGUAGCUUUUUGUAGCUGGAGUCAGUCUAAGACAUCUCAGGCCAGGUUGGAAAAGACCAGCAAGUUAGGGAGCAGGUUUUCCGGAACUCGCAGCUAAGGUGGUCUCUGAGCUGUGGGCCCUUGCCAGCCUUGCAGCUGUGCUCUGGCAGCCACAGCGCCUCCCCUUGGCCUCCCCUCUAGCCACAAAGCAGCUGCUGGCAGGCUGUCACCCCAGUGCAAGCAUGUCCAACUCUACAGAGACUGCGAUCUGUUGUUGUUGUUGUUUAGUUGUUUAGUCAUGUCCGACUCUUCGUGACCCCCUGGACCAGAGCACACCCGACACUCCUGUCUUCCACUGCCUACCGCAGUUUGUCCAACUCAUGCUGGUAGCUUCAAGGACACUGUCCAACCAUCUCGUCCUCUGCCGUCCCCUUCUCCUUGUGCCCUCCAUCUUUCCCAACAUCAGGGUCUUUUCCAGGGAGUCUUCUCUUCUCAUAAGGUGGCAACAGUCUUGGAGCCUCAGCUUCAGGAUCUGUCCUUCCAGUGAGCACUCAGGGCUGAUUUCCUUCAGAAUGGAGAGGUUUGAUCUUCUUGCAGUCCAUGGGACUCUCAAGAGUCUCCUCCAGCACCAGAAUUCAAAAGCAUCAAUUCUUUGGCGAUCUACUCCCAGUACAAUGAAGCUGGCAGUGAUCUACCCAUUGUCAUUGCCCGUAAUUGUUGAUCUUUUUUUGGGAAGGGUCGACCAGAGAUGUUGAGCUUUUUUAGUGGGGAAUGAUAACCAAAGUUAUUGGGCUUUUGGGGGUAAUGAUUGCAUAACAUCGAUCACCAACCAGUCCGCAGCCCUCCCUCCUUUCCCCAAUCGGACGUCGACAAAGGGAGAACUAGCUUUCAAAGCAGGGAAGGAGGCAGUGGAGGUAAAUAGCGCCGGGGGCAAGGCGUGUCGUGAUCGCUCAGGAGAAACACGGCUAUCAUUUUUAUAACUCCCGCGAUCGACCAGCCGCACUCCGGCAAUCUCUGGCCACCCAGUAGUGGUACUUAUCUCCAACUAAGCCAAAAUGUAUAAAACUAAGCCAAGUAUGUGUUGGAAGUGCAAAAUGAUAGAAGGAACAUUCUUUCCUAUGUGGUGGCCUUGCAAAAGAAAAAGGGAAAAGCUAAGGGAUGUUGGGAAAUGAUAUAUUAAUGAGAUUAAAGAGAUGUUUAAGUUGAUGAUUCCCAAGAAAACCCGAAGCUUUUCUUUUAGGAAUUAUAGAUAAUGAUGUUCCAAAAGAGAUGGUUAACUUAUUUAUGUAUACAACGACAGCAGCACAAAUGUUGUAUGCCCAAAGAUAGGAAGAAGGAGAUGUUCCAGCGAGAGAAGAUUGGCUUUUGAAAACGAUGGCGUACGUGGGACUGUCAAGAUUGACAGCAAAGUUUAGAGACCCAAAUGGCGAAAAAUACCCUGAGGACUAGAGACCCUUUAUUGAGUAUUUAGAGAACUAUUAUAGCAAGAGGAAAAUGCAAGCAGGACUUGAAAUAUGAGCUACAGUGUGAAUUAUUAAGACAAAUGGGUUAAUUUGAAUGCAUAGGCGAUAUAUUGCAGCAUUUAAGAGUAAAUAUGGAAACCAUGGAAGGGGAGGAAGGGAAGUCAAUUGAUAAAGUAACUUAAGGUCUAUGCUAUACACACACACACUGUAUUUUUCCGUCUAUAAGACGCCCCCAUGUAUAAGACGCCCCCUAUUUUUGGGGACUCCGAUUUGAGAAAAUGGGGGGAGAUACUAUCUGUAUAUAAGACGAGCCCAGAUUAUUUUAGAGUAAAAAAACAGUCAUAUACACUGAAAGGUAUGGUAUAUAUAUGAAUUGAAUUUUAUUAUUACGGUCACAGACCAGUUCCGGCUCACUUACAUUAUCAGCAAAAUCAUAAAACAAAACAGGAAUACAUUGAAUUGCAAUUGGAUAUAACAAAGACAAUUCAGAUAUAGCGGCAAUUAUAAAUAUAUAUUAAAUCUUGAUCAUAUUUUUUUUUUUUUUAAAUGGGGGUACCAUUUUCGGCCUGUAGUGCAAGGGUGAGUAGAUCCUGGCCGGUCCAGAAAAGAGGGGGGGGGCUUUGUUCUCUGUGUCUCUGUCACACGCAAUGGAGACCCCUGACUCCAUGUUCCUGUCUCUGUAUUUCAGCAUCACCCCCAAGGAUCUGAAGGCCAUGUUGCCGCAGGUCAACUACCGCGUGCCUAACAUGAGAUUCCUCCGGGACAAGCUUCUGGUAAGGAAACCCCUCUCCUCGUUUUUCCUUCUCGCUCUGACCUCAGAAGAGGAAAGCUCUCAUCAGUGAGGGGAUCUGCUAAAAAGGAAGCUGGCGGAGAAAGUCAGGGCUGGUGGGGUUAUUCCAAACCACAAUGACAGGAGCUCAGCUGGAACCGGGAAAGCCCAGGAGGAUGCCAGCAUGCCUAAUGAGCCGAGUCGAGGAAGCUUUUAGGCAGAAUAUACGACUUCCUUCUGAAAACGGAAGUCUGGUUUAAAUAAGGAGAGCAAAAAGGGAACACAAACUUUGGUAAAAAGUAAUUGCAGUGGGCAUGUGUCUUCCGAGAAGGCAGGGUGGGCAGCACUCACAGUGUUGGGAUCGGGGCCAGUAACAUAGGGUCCCACUCCUCCCGGGCUGACUCUGUGCAUUUAGCCAACCUAAAACUACCAGACUUUUAGAAGACAUCUGUAGGCAGCCCUGUUUAAGGAAGCUUUUAAUGUUUGAUGUAUUAUGGUAUUUUACUAUUUUAUUGGAAGCCGCCCAGAGUGGCUGGGGAAGCCCAGCCAGAUGGGUGGGGUAUAAAUAAUAAAUUAUUAUUAUUAUUAUUAUUAUUAUUAUUAUUAUAAAAGGCUCCAGCAUUACAUUACCUGACACUGGGGUGGGGGUGGGGGGCCUGAUCCAUGCUCAGUCAAAGCAAACCUCAUUAACCCUUUCCCUUUUUGUCUUCUGCCCACGCAGGAGGUCGAAGUCCGGAAUGAAAUCACCUUCAGCCACUUUGCACACUUCUAUAAAAACCUGAUGUUUGAUGCUCAGAAAUCGGUAAGGACAUUUGGAACACUCUGUUUUGAGUUCUGCUGAGCUGCUGUAGAGUUUUUAUUGACCAGCUUUAAAAAAAGAGAGAGUAAAAGUUCUUUUUUUGGGUGGUUCCUUUCUUGUGAUAGUUGCAGGGUUUCCUCACACUUUUUAGAAAGCCAGCCUGAGAAUAACAACAACAACAACAACAACAAUAAUAAUAAGACAGUAGUACCUCCGGUUGCGGACAGGAUCCGUUCCGGAGCUCCAGUUGGAUCCCAAGGUUUCCGCAACCGGAGGGACCGCUUCUGCGCAUGCAUGCGCGGUAAUAACCCGAAAAUAUACUUCCAGGUUUGCUGCUUACGUAUCCUGAAGUUUACGUAACCGGAGGGAUACGUAAGUGGAGGUACUUUAUAUUGAUAUUUAAUAAUAUUGAUAUGUAAUAAUGAUAUUUAUUUAUUUAUUUAUUUAUACAUACAUACAUACCCCUGCCCAUCUGGUUUCCCCAGCCACUCUGGGAGGCUUCCAACCAAAUAUUAAAAACAUAAUACAGCAUUAAACAUUAAAAACUUCCCUAAACAGGGCUGCCUUCAGAUGUCUUCUAAAAGUCAGUUAGUUGUUUAUUUCCUUGACAUCUGACGGGAGAGGCAGAGGGCCUUCUCGGUGGUGGCACCCGCCCUUUGGAACGCCCUCCCAGUGCCGAAAGAGCACAGUCCUCUUUGUCCAGCAGAGUCAGGCAUUGCUCUCUUGAGGGGGUGACACUUAAGUGACCAAAUGACAAGAAAGGAUCCUUUCCCCCUAAAGUCCUCAUAGCACCCUCAGCCUCAGAGAUGCGGCUGGUAUGCGUAUCGUUUUCUCCGCCAAACUUGGCCAAAACAUCUCCCUUUCACACCUCCGGCAAUGGUUUGCCGUUAACUGGGGUGCUGCUUAAAAAUCUGUCCUUAAAGCGUUAACCGACCGUUGGUCCUCGGUCCUGGUUAAAGUUUGCUGCCCUGUCCUCCUUUUAUGCAUUGUCUGAAUUUGAAAUGGCAAAAAAAUAAAACGUAUAAACAUUUGCAGCCUUAAUACCAACCGUAGAAGAAUGGCAACAGAAGGUAAUGGAAAAUGCAGAAAUAGCCAAAUUAACAGGGAAAAUUAGACAAUAGGGCGAGGAAACACUUCAAAAAGAAUGGGAAAAAUUUGUGUCGUAUAUAGGAAAGAUAAGAUGAAAUAGUGAAACCAGUAGAAUUGGAAAUAAACCUCAUAAUGGGAAAGAUUAAGAAAAGUGAUGGGUAAUCACAAGAAGCAAAAUGUAUAAGGAGAUUAAUAUAACUAACAGUAGUUGUAAGUGAAUGCAGACAGACAUCAAGAAUUGUAUAAACAGGAGGAUUUAUUUGUUUAUGGAUAUACUAUGGACAAAUAUGGAAAAUGAAUAACAAUAUACAAAAUGGAUGGAAAUAAUGUGCUAAAAUUAUAUGUCAUAUAAAAAACCAGAAGAAGGAAGGAGGGAAGUCAGUGCUUAGGAGCAAGCAUAAAUGUAAAAUGCAACACAUUAUGUGUAUGUGGAGUAUGUAACUGGAAAACUAAUAAAGAUUAUUUGAAGGGGGAAAAAAACAUUUGCAGCCUUGCCCAUGUCCUGAUUGCAUUGCUGAUCGCCGUGUUGCUUCUUUACGUUUCAGAUAAUUGAGCAGCUGGAGUUGUCCUUUCCCUUACGGUAAGUAGGAACCUCCCUGAGGCUGGGAUUGCUCACUUCCUGUCUCUUGGCCUGAGUCUCCAUGUGUUCGUUGAAACGAAAAAAGUGGCACAGGUCAAGAAGGGUGUUGGCAGGUUUGAUGAGCUGCCAACCUGGUGCCCGCUGGAUUUUCUGGACUACAACUCCCAUCAAACACAGCAUCGUAGAUCCAUGCUGCCUGGGGCUGGUGGGAGUUGUAAAACACCCCAAUCUUUUGGGGGGCACCGGGUUGGAGAAGGCUGUUAGAAAGAAGCUGGAAAGGUGAUAACAGAUUCUUUGAAACACAAGAUUGGGAUAAAACCUUCCAGCCCAUGCGGAAAUGACUGGUAGAAUCCGUGACCAGGGAGAAGAGUCGGUGGAAGAAGAUUGGACGAAAUUCAAAGAUUAUCUGCAGAAACAUUGCAAAAUUAAAGAAUGUUAGAGUGAUGUUGGAUUGAAAUUAAGUGGCUUCUAGCUGUACAGGCUUUAAAGUUAUAUAUAGAUCAAGAUUAAGGAUUAGGAUAAAAAAAAAAGUUAAAAGAAAUGGAAAAUUGGUUUUUAAUAGGUUAAAAUUUAAUGUUAUAUUAAGAUUAAAGAUUGGGAUCAAAAAAGAGGGAAAGAAAUUGCUGGACAAACAAAUUGAACUGGAAUACAAAAGAGGGAGGUAUGAGGAGGUCCAGAAAAUAAGUAAAUUUAAAAGUGGCGAUGAAAAGGUGAUAAUUGUUUUUAACUGUUUUCUUUUUUCUUUUUUUGUUUUUGUUUUUUGUACUGUGUAUUGUGUAUUUUUGUAUUGGGUAUUCUUCUUUUAUACUUUUAAUUCUUUUUUACUGAUGUGUCCUUUUUUUAUUGGAAACUUUAAUAAAUAUUAUUUUUUUUAAAAAAAAAACCUUCCAGCCCAUGAUCCACUUUCCCAAAGUAGUUAAGCCAGAAACAUGAGUGCAACAGCAGCACUCUCCUUGUGAGUCCCAGUAAGCGGUGUUUGGUGGUAAAGUGGUUCUGCAACAAGGAGGUUAUAUAUAUGACCAAGAGUAAACUAACCUCAAGGGAUUUGCCUAGUUUUCUGGAAAGCCAUCUAAGAUAAAUGCAUGGGUUUCAAAGGUAGGCCAAAGGAACUGGGUAUAAUGUCCUGGACAGCUAAUUCCUGGGUCCCUCUGCUCUAAUUUUCUCGUCUUAUGAACAGGCUCAGACUUCACAAAAUGUCCUGUGCAUGGGUUUUUGUGUGGCUGGGUUUAUGGGGCAUCGCCAGGUGGAUUUUUGUGGCCACUCUCUUUCUCUCUUCGACUCUUUCCCUAGUAACGUGGACCGGCCAGAACUCUGCCAGAUCACACUGUACGACUUCCAGAAGUUCCUGCAAUAUGACCAGAAGGUAUUUGCAAAGAGAGGAGCGCCUACCGUAUUUUUUGUUCCAUAAGACGCACCUGACCAUAAGACGCACCCAGUUUUUAGAGGAGGGAAACAAGAAAAAAAAUAUUCUGAAUGAAACAGUGGGUGUAUGAUUUUUGUGGUUCAUGCUGUGGCCACAGACAUGUGAUUUGACGGUGAGUUUGGGGUAGCCCAAUGCAAAAAUCCUGAGAAUCCAUGUGGAUCCGUGAUUUGUAACCACGUUUUUGUGCCACUGUGUCUCCACGCAGUGUGUGUGUGUGUUUUUGUGUGUUUUUGGUGCAGGCUGUAGCCAUGGACCUGCUAUGUGAUCUGAUGGUGAAUUUGGGGUGACCCAAUGCAAAAAUCCUGAGGAUCCAUGGGCUUUUACCUCCCCCCUCCCAGGCAGCCUCCUUUAUCUCUAACGUCCCUUAUCUCCCUUCCAAUCGCUUAUCAAUCAGCUGCUUCCUUUCAACACCCCCUUCCCUCUUGUUUUCCUUAGCUGGAGCAGUUUUUUGCUCCUCCUUUUCUUCUAAUUUCUCUCCUCAUUGCUUUAGUCUUCCUGUCUCCUCUCCUUGCAAGUUCGCUGUCUUUACCUCCCCCCUCCCAGGCAUCCUCCUUUAUUGCUAGCAAUAAUAUCUCCCUCCCCAAUAAAUAAUAAAUAAUAUCUCCCCCCCCCCCAAUUGCUUACUGAUCAGCGGCUUUGUUUCAACACCCACUUCCCUCUUUCAAAAAAAAAAAAAGCAUGAUCUGCUUUUCGCCCCUGGGCAAUUCGGCUCCAGGGACCACGCAUUCGCUCCAUAAGACGCACAGACAUUUCCCCUUACUUUUUAGGAAGAAAAAGGUGCUUCUUAUGGAGCGAAAAAUACGGUAGUUAAUUCUGCGGAGGAAGGUUGGGCUUGGGAGAGCCUCUCCUGCUUGGAGUAGCACGAUAGAGAAAGAUCCGCUUGUCCCAUGAAAGUAACGCAUUAACCAGCUUUCCUUGGUAACUGACAGCCGGCAGGUAGGACAUCGGAGACCUUUUCAGAGCUGGCCGUAAAUCAACCAACCGCUUGGUGCUCUUGCACUGUGAAAGCAGCUAACAUCAUGGCGAUUGCUGGCUGGAAUAAUAAUAAUAAUAAUUUAUACCCUGCCCUCCCCAGCCAAGACUGGGGCUCAGGGCGGCUGGGCCCAGGUAUAAGAACAACUGAUUAAAAUACAACUUAAAAACAAGAUUAAAAUACAACAUUAAAAUGCAGCCUCAUUUCAGUAGAAACUCAAAUCAAAAACUUUUUGGGGAAGAAAACGUCAAGUCUUCACCAAGGCCAACUAUCUAGACUGGUCCUACGUGGGCCAGAAAAAAGCCAGGGAAGUCCCCAAAUAGGAGUUCCAACAUGGAAGGAGAAAGGAAAAAGGAAAGAAAGGGAGGGAAUCAAGUUGAUUCCAAGCCAAAGGCCAGGCGGAACAACUCUGUCUUACAGGCCCUGCGGAAAGAAAUCAGAUCCUGCAGGGCCCUGGUCUCAUGAGGCAGAGCGUUCCACCAGGCCGGGGCCAGUGCUGAAAAGGCCCUGCCUCUGGUUGAGACUAAUCUGACUUCCUUAGGGCCUGGGACCUCUAGGGUGUUGCUGUUUAUGGACCUUGAGGUCCUCUGCGGGGCAUUCCGGGAGAGGCGGUCCCGUAGGUACGAGGGUCCCAGGCCGUGAAGGGAAAUAUAGUCCAAAAGAGCUGCAGUGGAGAAGGCUGUGGUCUACCAGUUGGGUCCUCUCUGUUGCCUUGCAAUGAAGGUUGGAUUUCUCCAGUUAAAGCAAUCACAGGAUUCAUUUUCAGCCUGGAGAGAUUUAACCCAGAGUCUGCCUGUCCCUCUGAUGAGCUCUGAUGUAGUUCUUACUUACCUUUUUAAUUAUUAUUUAUUAUAUUUUAUAGCUUUUAUUGACAUUUAUUCAAAGACGUACAGAAAUACAGUACAUACCCAUUACAAAGUAUCUUUUUUAUAAUAUACUGAAAUAAAGCAGCUACUAAUAAAGAAAAAAUAAAGCAGGACUAAUUCAGCCAGCUAGUCCUGGUGAUCAUCUAAUGUUUAUUGGAUGGAUUUCCCCCCUAAAUUGAUUUUGAAUUCUGAAUUUAUUGUUAUUCACAUUUUAUACUGUAUUUUAUGCUGUUUUUUGUUGUGUCAAUUAAGUGUUUUAAAUUUGUUGUUAGCCGCCCUGAGCUCGGUUUUCUGAACCAGGAAGGGUGGAGUAUAAAUAAAAAAUUAUUUACUUACUUACUUACUUAAUUUAAGAAAGAGCAAAAACAGAAAGGAGGAGAAAAAAUAACUAAAGAGAGGGGGGGGCCAAAGAGGAGAAAGAGAGAGAAGAGAAAAAAGGAUUAAAUAAAGAUAAAUAAAGAUAAAAGGCUGUCUUUUCCGUCUCUCUGUCCUGCAGCCAAAUAACAGCCAACCAUUCUGUCUUCUAUAAACUAGUAUAUUUUUCAGUCUUCAGAUCCAGGUUUUACAAGUUCAUUUUCUCUUUCACGCAAAAAUCAUUAUUGAACAUUUGUUAAUUCCUUACGGACCUUUUGGCGUGAAAGAGGAGCUUCUUACUUACAACGCUCCCCUCCUUACCUUUCCCUUUAGGAGCCGUGGGCAAGUGACAUUGCCAAAGUCCGGGAGUUCAUGUGCAACUACCUCCGGGAUCCCUUCAGCGACAUGGCGGAGCCCUUCUUCCAGCUGGACGAGGUGGGUGGCACCCUCCCCUCCCCUCCUCACCCUGUGGGGCACCAGAAGUCAGCUCACCAUAGAGGACGCCCUGCCAGCUUCCAUUCUGUGGACGCAACCACAGAAAGCGCACUUCAGUGUCUUCCAAUUAACUCCAAGGCAUUGCAGCUUGGAUCUCGAGCUUCCAUGAGCUGAGCUCUGCUCACAGGAGAACCCCAUGGAAGGAGCAACAACUUUAACCGAUCUGCUCUUCUCUUUGCAACCCUCUGUGCUCCUGUAAAGGGUUGUGGGACUACGAGGAAGAUGGCAUAGGGGGCUGCAGGGAGACUUGGCAAACAUUCCCCUCCCCUUAACCUCUGGUGGGAGGCAGUUCCCCUUUUGAGCAGAAGGAGCCAACUCUUGGAAUUUAACAGCCUAAUUGAAAUUUCACUCAUGUGUUCACCAGUCACAUAACCCCGGUCCUGAAAGACCUGCAUUGGCUCCCAGUAUGUUUCCAAGCACAAUUCAAAGUGUUGGUGCUGACCUUUAAAGCCCUAAACGGCCUCAGUCCAGUAUACCUGAAGGAGCGUCUCCACCCCCAUCAUUCAGCCCGGACACUGAGGUCCAGCUCCGAGGGCCUUCUGGCGGUUCCCUCAUUGCGAGAAGCCAAGUUACAGGGAACCAGGCAGAGGGCCUUCUCGGUGGUGGCGCCCGCCCUGUGGAACGCCCUCCUAUCAGAUGUCAAAGAGAUAAACAACUAUCUGACAUUUAGAAGACAUCUGAAGGCAGCUGUAGUAAACAAAAAUCUGCCCUUAUGGAGGACACAAGAGCCCUUUGCAGGUUCUACAUCGGUCAGAGAAAAUAACAGAGGCCAACCAGAGAAUAUUGAGAAGCAAAGCAGCUAGUAAGCCUGAUCUCUAUUGAACUGCUGCAACAGGCUGCCCCCUUCACACGCAGGAGGAGGAGGACUCCGAACCAAGGUGUGUCCGCCCUUAUAUAGACAUUUUAAAUUGCCCGCCCUGGAGUCCAAGACCACCCCCCAGACACAUCAUGUACGUGUUUGCUUGGUACAUUUAUGAACAUUUAUUUUAUAUAUAUAUAAGACCUUAUAUUUUUUAUUUCACAACCUCUUUAGGGAAGUUUUUAAUGUCUGGUGUUUUAUCGCUUUAUUAUUAGUAGCAUUAUCAUUAAUUCGGAGCAGCAAUUAAUUAAUUAAUAGUGGAAAGAAGGACUCAUGUAAAUGAGGACCCUGCACCUGACUCCAGCCAGACCACAUCUGCGGUGCUCACCUAAUUCUGAGAGUCUUUACCCAUUCCCCAGCUGACCUCUAACUGGUUUCUCUCUCCCCCGCAGUUCCUGACGUUCCUGUUCUCCAAAGAAAACAUGGUCAUGGACUCCAGGUUCGACCGAGUGGUGCCGGAAGAAAUGAACUACCCUUUGACUCAGUACUGGAUCUCGUCUUCCCAUAACACGUAAGAGCAUCUCUGGGCAGUGGGGUCCUUUGCUCAGGGGGCAGCCUCAGUUGUACUGAAGCGAGGCUGCUGGGUCGAAGCACCAGAACUUCUGAACCCCGGCCCAGCUACAAUGGCACAGCUGGCAGGGCCCCUGUGUCUUACAAGGGAACCAUGGAAUCACAGAAUUGGAGAGCUCCAAGGAUCCCCAAGGGGAAUCUAGUCCAGCCCCCUGCAAUGCAGGAAUCACAGCUUUUAAAAAAUCUCUGAUGGAUGGCCACCCAACCUCUGUUUAAAAACCUCCGGUAAAAGAGAGUCCACAUUCUGAGGGUGUCCACUUCACAGUUGUACAUCUCUUAUCCUGAUGUCUAGCCGGAAUGUCCUCUCUUAUCUUUGGACUCACAGCUGUCCAUGGAGGCACAGGUCAAUUGUGUGUCCAGGGCAGCUGUUUACCAGCUCCAUCUGUUGCACAGGCUGAGACCCUCCCUGCCCGCAGAAAGUCUCACCAGAGUGGUGCAUGCUCUAGUUAUCUCCCGCUUGGACUACCGCAAUGCACUCUACGUGGGGCUACCUUUGAAGGUGACCCGGAAACUGCAACUAAUCCAGAAUGCGGCAGCUAGACUGGUGACUGGGAGCAGCUGCCAGGACGAUAUAACACCAGUCUUGAAAGACCUACACUGGCUCCCAGUACGUUUCCAAGCACAAUUCAAAGUGUUGGUGCUGACCUUUAAAGCCCUAAAUGGCCUUGGCCCAGUAUACCCGAAGGAGUGUCUCCAACCCCAUCGUUCUGCCCGGACGCUGAGGUCCAGCUCUGAGGGCCUUCUGGCAGUUCCCUCACUGCAAGAAGUGAACCAGGCAGGGGCCUUCUUGGUGGUGGCACCCACCUGCUGUCAGAUGUCAAGGAGCUUCACAAUCUUCCAAUAUACCUGAAGGAGCAUCUCCACCCCCAUCGUUCUGCCUGGACACUGAGGUGCAGCUCUGAGGGCCUUCUGGCAGUUCCCUCACUGCGAGAAGUGAGGUUACAGGGAACCAAUACAGAACAACAAACCCCUGUGUUGCAAACUUAAAACAAUACAAGCAACACAGAGACCAGUAUACUAGAUAGCACUGUAAUUCUUAUUGCAUAAUAUGCAUGAUUUGGUAACAAAAACAAAAUGUGUGCACCUGUAAAUUCUCUAAUAUAUUUGAAAUUAAUUGAAUACACGUCUGUCAAUCUUUGAAAGUCCACAGAAGUAUAAUAAGUCUAUGGGUGAAACAGUCAGAUUAUCCGGGAACACUGUCCGUUGUUAUUCACCUACUACUUCGGCACCAUGAACGCCUAAAACGGUUUUACCGCUUAGCCUACAGGAUUGCAUCUAUUACUUAGGUGUCUCUGCCUCUCACAGGUAUCUCACGGGGGACCAGUUCUCCAGCGAAUCCUCUCUGGAAGCCUACUCCCGCUGCCUCCGGAUGGGGUGCCGCUGCAUAGAAUGUGAGUCUGACUUUUGGGGAUCUUGCCCCAGCUUGGCUUCCGGGUGCCAGUUGCUGCAAACCACAAGCUGGGACAGUUGCUCUUGGGCUCGAAUCCUGAUUGUGGGUUUCCAAUUGCGGGCACCUGGUUGGCCACUGCAAGAACAGGAUGCUGGACUCGACAAGCCGAUGGCCUGAUCCUGCAGGCUCUUCUUAGCUUCUUAAAUUGUUAUUUAUUUGGAGCAUUUGUUUCUGUUGGGAUGCUGCCAGGGAGACGGGGGCAUCAGGCAGGCCCCCAGCUGGCUCCAGCCACCGGCCGGCAGCCGGGCGAUCUCCAGGUCACGGAACAGCAUCAAUCAAUCAGCGACUCGAGCCUCAGUUGCCUUCUGAAGCUACCGAGCCCGCUAAUUAGCAGAGUGAAUAAAUCUCCACAACGGAAGUGGCGGACAGAGCCAUGUGUAAGCUUUAUUUACAGCAUUUUAUUCAGCAGCAGGAACAAAGGAAAACAUGUCUGCUUCCCUUCAUGUCCAGCAAAACAGCAAUAAAGCAAAAGCAAUAUACAAAACAGAAGUUCCCAGCAGACUGUGCUGGAAGUAAACAGGCAUGUGACACACAACAGUCAUGCCUGAUCCUUUUAAGGUGGAACGGAACUAUAUCCUAACAGUUUUGGCCAAAUGGGCUCCCAGAGCGCCUUGCAUAGAGUCAAUUGAAACAAGACAAUUUGCACAUCUCGGCCAGUGGCUCAUAGCACUUCCUUUUCCAGGCAGUGGGCAAAGAGGGAUUUUGCAAACCAGUCCUGGUCUGUGGCUUUUUGUGCCGUGUUAUCUUUCCAUCUUGUAGCUCAGAAGCAAGCAGACUGGGAUUAAACUGAAACCUGCUACAGCCUAGGAAGUUAGGCUGUUAAGUGAGAGUUCUCCUGAGCAUGCACAGAGUUCUUUUCUGUAAGCACUGGCUAACCUCAGCUCACUCUCUCAUAUCUGAUACUAAAGGGCAGAGAUUCCAGCAGGAUUCAGAUGUGCCUUUCUGCUCUUUGCCACCCCCCUCAAAAAAGGAGAGAGACAAACAGAUGCCUUCGUGUGUGUGUGUGUGUGUGUGUGUGUGUGUGUGUGUGCAUUUGUGUGAGUGUGUGCCUGUAGCAAAGGGCCAGGCAAUCUAUACAUCAGUAUUACGGUUGUUACCUUAUUGAAAAAAUCCUGGCCAAUGAAUUGCGUGAAUUGGGAAGUCAAUCAAAUAAUUAACUGAUAAAGUUCCGCAUCUGAGUAUAAACCAGCCUUCUCCAACCCGGUGCCCACCAGAAAUUUUGGACUACAGUGAUGAGAAUUGUAGUCCAAAACCUCUGGCAGGCACCAGGUUGAAGAAGGCUGGUAUCCAUAAAAAUUCUGCAGCAAGAAGCACGGAAAGGGGGGAGCUUCUUUUCAGAUGACUCUGGGCACUUGCAGUUUUUAAUAAGCACCGGUGUUAAAGACAAAUAUAUAUAAAACCUUCCUGCUUGAUGAAAAAGAAAUUCCAUCUUAAUGAAAAGGGCAAUUAAUCUAAUCACUAAUUCAGUACCAAAUCUUCUCCACCUGCAGUGGACUGUUGGGAUGGUCCGGACGACCUGCCAAUCAUCUACCACGGCCAUACACUCACCUCCAAAAUCAAAUUCUUGGACGUUCUGCACACCAUCAAGGAACACGCUUUCGCCACCUCUGAGUAAGUGAUUCUCCCCCUCCUCUCAGCCCUUUCCUCUGCCUUCUCUUUCCUAAAAGAGGGGGGUGUUUGGUGCCUGCUACCCAUGACUCAGGGAAAAUUUGCUUGUACAAAGCUGUUUCCCAGGAUCUCUGGGAAAACUGGAAUCAGUGAUGAAACCCGGGAGGGUAUUUUUCACUGAUCUAAAGGCGUAUCCCGAGAGAAGCUUCCUGCGUUGUGUUGCUUCUGCUGGAGUGUGGAAACUCAGCAAUACAGGUGUCUCAGAAACACAGGUGUUUUCCUCUUGCUCUGUGCCAUCGCAGCAAUUGCAUGGUGUGUGAACAUGUGAAACCUCCUGAUGUUGCCUCAGGCUAUCGGAUUGGAGCAGGGGCCUGUCCUCUCGCCCUCUGUGUAGCACGAGGUACGGGGACAGCGCCGUGCCGAUGAUGGCCCGCUGCAGGUGUCUCGAGGUUCACCUGCGUGAGGCUGCCUGCCUUUUGCCUAGGUUCCCCGUCAUCCUCUCCAUCGAGGACCAUUGCAGCAUCGUGCAGCAGAGGAACAUGGCCGCGCACUUCAAGAAGGUCUUUGGGGACAUGCUGCUUACCAAACCGGUGGACGUCAACGCAGACCAGCUGCCCUCACCUGCCCAGCUCAAGAAGAAGAUCCUCAUCAAGGUAGCGGGACUCUUACCUGCCCUUUACUCCGAGCUGAACUCUUAGUUCAGGGGUCAGCAAACUUUUUCAGCCUUGGGCCGGUCCACUGUCCCUCAGUGGGGAGCCAGACUAUAUUUUGAAGAAAAAAAUUGAAACAAAUUCCUAUGCCCCACAAAUAACCCAGAGAUGCAUUUUAAAUAAAAGGACACGUUCUACUCAAGUAAAAACACCAGGCAGGCCCCACAAAUAACCCAGAGAUGCAUUUUGAAUAAAAGGACACAUUUUACUCAUGUAAAAACACCCACUACCGAGAACGACCUCUGUCUGGUUCCCUGUAACCUCACUUCUCGCAAUGAGGGAACCACCAGAAGGCCUUCAGCGCUGGACCUCAGUGUCUGGGCAGAAGGAUGGGGGUGGAGACGCUCCUUCAGGUAUACAGGACCAAGGCCAUAUAGGGCUGUAUAGGGCUUUAAAGGUCAGCACCAACACUUUGAAUUGUGCUUUGAAACGUACUGGGAGCCAAUGCAGAUCUCACAGGACCAGUGUUAUGUGGUCCCAUCGGCCGCUCCCAAUCACUAGUCUAGCGGCCGCUCCCAAUCACCAGUCUAGCGGCCGCAUUCUGGAUUAAUUGCAGUUUCCGGGUCACCUUCAAAGGUAGCCCCACGUAGAGCGCAUUGCAGUAGUCCAAGCAGGAGAUAACCAGAGCAUGCGCCACUCUGGCGAGACAGUCUGCGGGCAGAUAGGGUCUCAGCCUGCGUUGCAGAUGGAACUGGUAAACAGCUGCCCUGGACACAGAAUUAACCUGCGCCUCCAUGGACAGCUGUGAGUCCAAAAUGACUCCCAGGCUGCGCACCUGGUCCUUCAGGGGCACAGUUGCCCCAUUCAGGACCAGGUAAUCCCCCACACCCGCCUGCCCCCUGUUCCCCUAAACAGUACUUCUGUCUUGUCAGGAUUCAACCUCAAUCUGUUAGCCGCCAUCCAUCCUCCAACCGCCUCCAGACACUCACACAGGACCUUCACCGCCUUCACUGGUUCUGAUUUAAAAGAGAUGUAGAGCCUCUGGCAUCCUUUUGAAUAUCCAGGCCAGUGUUUGCCAACCUGGUGCCCUCCAUAUGUUUCGGACUAGAGCGGCGCUCAGCCCCAGCCAACAUCUGGAGCCCUAAAUCGUCUGGAAGGCACCAGGUUGCUGAAGGCCGGUCUAGUAAUAAUUCAGCUGGUAGAACAUGAGAUUCUUAAUCUCAGGGUUGUGGGUUCAAGCGCUUUGGGCAUAAAAUUCCUGCAUUGCAAGGGGUUGGACUAGAUGACCCUCGGGGUGCCCUUUCAACUCUACAAUUCUGUAAUUCUGUCAUUUUCUUCCAGCACAAGAAGCUGGUCGAAGGGAACCUCUACGAGGAAGUCUCCUUGGCCAGCUACUCCGAGAACGACAUCAGCAACUCCAUCAAGAACGGCAUCCUUUAUCUCGAGGACCCCAUUGACCACGUGAGGCUCUUGCUUUCUCCCGCAGCUCAGGGGGUCCCUCGCCUUGUGUCCCACCCCCUUCCGUUGCUCUGACACUCUUUCCCCCUCCCUUUCAGCAGACGUGGAGCCCGCACUACUUUGUUCUGACCAGCAACAAGAUCUAUUACUCCGAAGAGACCUCCCGCUACCAGUCCAACGAGGACGAGGAGGAGACGGAGCAGAAAGAGGUGCGUUUCUGGAGUGCUGCAGAGGCGCUUGGCUGGGAAGAAGGCAGUGGGGGCGCUCCCAUUUUAACUGUGGCAGGGAGUUCCACAGUUUAUGCAUUUCUGUAUGCCCUGAGCCUUCCAGCGUUGAGCUUCGUUGCCCGUGAGUUCUAGUGAGCCUGAGCUUGGGGCAACGCAGCCAGAUGGGCGGAGUAAUAAUAAGAAGAAGAAGAAAAAGAAGAAGGAGCGUCUCCACCCCCAUCGUUCAGCCCGGACACUGAGGUCCAGCGCUGAGGGCCUUCUGGCGGUUCCCUCACUGCAAGAAGUGAAACUACAGGGAACCAGGCAGAGGGCCUUCUCAGUAGUGGCACCCGCCAUGUGGAACGCCCUCCCAGCAGACGUGAAGGCAAUAAACAACUAUUUUACUUUUAGACGAAGGCAGCUCUGUUUAGGGAAGCUUUUAAUGUUUGAUGCAUUAAUGUACAUUAAUAUUGUGUUGGAAGCUGCCCAGAGUAGCUGGGAAAACUCAGCCAGAUGGGCGGGGUAUAAAUAAUAAAUCAUUAUUAUAUUAUUAGUAUUAUUAUUAUUAUACCAAAGGGCUCUUCUUAGUUUUUUAUCCUGACUGUCACAGUCAGCUCCUGUUUCAUACGGGUGACACAAAAUGUCCUGCCCGCCCCCCAAUGUUUGUUGAUAUGCGUGCCUUCCCCCCCACCCCGAAGAUGCUUCAGAAAAGUCUGAAAAGGACAUGAGCAAAGUCUGAAACAGACAUGAGGAUAUUAAACAUGCUGUGGCUUCUUUUUGCUUCCCAUUCUCCCACCCCCUUGCCACUGAACCCCCUCUUUCUUUCUUUCCCCCCUCCCACCGCUUUCCCUCGACUUUCCUUCCCCUCUCCUGCCACCUUUGGGCUUUUUAGGAGUUUAACAACAAUGAGCUGCACUUCAGUGAGAAAUGGUUCCACGGCAAGCUGGGCGGGGGCCGCGAUGGGCGGCAGAUCGCAGAGAAGCUGCUCCACGAGUAUUGCACCGAGACGGGCGGCAAAGACGGCACUUUCCUGGUUCGGGAGAGCGAGACCUUUGUGGGCGACUACACCCUCUCCUUCUGGUAGGUCGUGUCGCGAGGAAGAGCUCGACCCCAACCCCUGUCAAGGUGUGAGGAUGCUUAAUCUGGCCAGACACCUUGAAAAGGAAUGGUCUGUUCUGGUCUUUUUGUUUCCACUUUCUACCCUUCUCUCUCCCCAUUAUUAUUUUUUUAAACAAGCCAUCCUUAACUUCUUCCCUUCUCCUCUGAAAUGUGAUAGUGACUUUUUAACUGCGAAAACAAAACACAUCCCUGCAAAACCAGAGAACAGUUUUCUGGAUUGUGCAACAUGUUGGAACAGGUGCAAAUUGGAAGCAAAACUUGUAUAUUUGGCUGAAUAAAGUUUAAAUUAUCGUGAGAAAAGCAAAGGAAUGACCCAAACGAAAGGCUAAUAAUAACAAUAAUAAUUUUUAAUUUAUGCCCCCCCCAAAAAAAAUCUGGAUGGUUUUCCCAAGCCACUCUGGGCAGCUCCCAGCAGAAUAUUAAAAACAUGAUAAAACAUCAAAUAUUAAAAGCUUCCCUAGACAGGGCUGCCUUCAGAUGUCUUCUAAAAGUCAGGUAGCUGUUUAUUUCCUUGACGGGAUGGCAUUCCACAAGAAGGGCGCCACCACUGAGAAGGCCCUCUGCCUGGUUCCCUGUAACUUGGCCUCUCGCAAUGACCACCCCCUCCCACAGUUUAAAAAGCCAUAGGUUUGUUAAUUAGCUGAAGGCAAAUUGAUUGUUUGUUUGUAAGUUGUUUUGCGUUGCCCAGGACAAGCUAAAGUGACUAACAAAUUUAAUAAAGAAAAUGAAUGAAGAAUCCUAUUUUGUUUAUUUUUUUACCAACAACCAAAACACAAACAGUGAACCCCCCCCCCCAAGGCGGCUGAUACAUUGGGUAUACAUAAUCAAUAAUAACAUAUUCAAAUCAACCAUAUGUACAAUUCUAUAUACCUUAACACUCCUUCCUCCACAACAUUUAUUUAACUUUUAACAUUUUAAUUGCCCCAAAUUGUUCAAACCUGCCCAAAUAAUUCAAUAUUUUCUCAAACCAAUCCUCCUCUUUCUCACUGACCUUAAACCCUUUCAUUUUAUGUAUCAGUUAGAUAUUAUAAGAUUAUAAUAUUUUUCAGUUUUUCCUUCCAUUGAUUCACCCCUAGCUCUUCUGCAUUUUCCCAAUUACUCGCUAUAACCUGUCUGGCUGAAAUUACCAUAAAUUUUACCCAUUUACAUCCCUCUUUUGUUUCUAACUCUGUGCUCCUCAGGCUAAUAAGAACCAUUAAUUUAGGUAUUUCCACCUUCCUACCCACAAUUCCCGAUAUUUCUAUCCCAAUCUUUUUCCAGAAUUCGUUAACUAACGGACAAUCCCGCCACAUAUGAAGAAUCCAGUGGAAGAGAGUUCCAUAGUUUAACUUCUCACCCUUCCUUCCGCAGGCGUUCCGGCCGCGUUCAGCACUGCCGCAUUCACUCCCGGCAGGAAGCCGGCGCCACAAAGUUCUACCUGACGGACAACCUGGUCUUCGACAGCCUCUACAGCCUCAUCUGCCACUACCGCGAGGUGCCCCUGCGCUGCAACGAGUUCGAGAUGCGCCUGACGGACCCCGUGCCCCAGCCCAACGCCCACGAGAGCAAGGAGUGAGAAACCUCAUCCCUUCUUCCCUCUUCCUCUCCUCUAACCUCGGAGACACGGGUCAACAGCCCGGGUUGGGCAGAAUUUGCUGUGGGCGUUGGGUGAAGGUUUUGUAGGUAGACGCAGGGCCAGGGAGCAGAAGGCUGCAAGUUCAGUCCCUGCUGGCAUCUGCCUGAUUUUAGAGGGCUGCUGCCAACCAGUGUUGGCAGAACUGAGCUAGAUGGGCCAAUGGUCGGUAUAAGUCCUGUGUACCUCCGAGCAUGUGCAGAGCGCAUUUCGUGCGCCACUGUGCAGUGCAUGGGUUGGCAAACUAAGACCCGGGGGCCAGAUCCAGCCCAAUUGCCUUCUCAAUCCGGCCCACGGACAGUCUGGGAAUCAGCGUGUUUUUACAUGAGUAGAAUGUGUCCUUUUAUUUAAAAUGCAUCUCUGGGUAAUUUGUGGGGCAUAGGAAUUUGUUCAUUUCCCUCCCAAAAAAUAUAGUCUGGCCCCUCACAAGGUCUGAGGGACAGUGUACCGGCCCCCUGCUGAAAAAGUUUGCUGACCCCUGGUGUAGUGAUAGCCACGUUCCAUGCAUCUCGGCUUACAGACCCCCCCCCCAAAAAAAAUAAUAUUUUCUGAAAAAGAUAAAGCGGUGAGAAAAUUAAAAAUGAGUGAAAAUCUUUACUUGGGUUACCUCUCCUUUUAAAUUUGGGGGUGUUCCGAAAGGGGAGCAAAGGGCGGACCCAGGUCAGGACUGCCUCGCAGCCCCUUUGCUUCACCUGGCUCCCAGAGCCACCGAUCAGGUGCACACCUGACAGAGGCUGUACUGAUGGAGUCUUCUGUCCCUACCAGGUGGUACCAUGCCAACCUCACCCGCCUGCAGGCGGAACACAUGCUGAUGAGGGUCCCGCGGGAUGGAGCCUUCCUGGUGCGCAAACGCGGCGAGCCAAACUCCUACGCCAUCUCCUUCCGGUGAGCCUCUCCUCCGUCCCCCGGAUGCAGCGAGGGGGGGUACACACGCCCAGAAACCCGCAGGAGAAAGUGUGCGCAUGUGUGUCUCAAUGUGUACAUGGUGUUAUGUUUUGGGUCUGGGAGCUACUGAGGCUAAAAAGUGUCGGGGAAAGGGAUACUGUACUGUGAAAUAAGCUUGAUUACCUCCUGGCUUUGAAGAUUGUGUUUACUCUUUUUUUAAAAAAGUGAUAUUUAUUAAAUUUUCCAUUUUAACAAUCCAAUAAAACCACAUUAUAAAACAUUCCAAAUGAUCAUACAAUCGAAAAAGCCGAAUACUCAAUGCCAAAUUACAUAUCUUUUGAGUGACUUCCCAUGCUCUGAAGUUCAGGGAGUGAUGAUGAUUAAUAAUAAUAAUAAUAAUUUAUUUAUACCCCGCCCAUCUGGCUGGGUUUCCCCAGCCACUCUGGGCGGCUUCAAACACAAUAUUAAAAUACAGUAACGCAUCAAACAUUAAAAGCUUCCCUAAAGAGGGCUGCCUUCAGAUGUCUUCUAAAAGUCAGGUAGUAGUUUUUCUCUUUGACAUCUGCUGGGAGGGCGUUCCACAGGGCGGGUGCCACUACUGAGAAGGCCCUCUGCCUGGUUCCCUGUAACUUCGCUUCUCGCAGUGAGGGAACCGCCAGAAGGCCCUCGGAGCUGGACCUCAGUGUUUGGGCUGAACGAUGGGGGUGGAGACGCUCUUUCAGGUAUAGACCAAGGCUGUUUAGGGCUUUCAAGGUCAGCACCAACACUUUGAAUUGUGCUCGGAAACGUACUGGGAGCCAGUAUUGUACUGCAUUCCUUAAUUAGUCAAAUAGUCCCAGUAAACAUUUUUGAUGUCGACCCUUCAUUUAUUUUUAACAACCUCUGAGUUUGUUUAACAAGUGGGUUAGUCCUUUGUAGUUUGGUAUGAAAUAUUUUAAUUCAGAUUGCGUUUACUCUUCAGCUUUUUCUUCUCCCAAAGGUGUCCCGCAAGGUAGCGGGUACGAAUUUUUCUUCGGGGUUUACUCCCGAAUGAGCAUAGCCGCAAGGCAGCAGAGGUUUAGGGUCAGAGGUUUCCCUCUCUUAGGUGGGCCUGCUUCCCAGGUGGACGAGCCCCUUCUGUCCCUCGUGUAAACUCAGGUUUUGUUAACAAGGUGCAAAGAGCGACCUGUUUAUUUCCAGUGAGGAAACUCACUCAUUGACAUAUACUGUAUUUUUUUGCUCUAUAAGACUCACUUUUUCCCUCCUAAAAAGGAAGGGGAAAUGUGUGUGCAUCUUAUGGAGUGAAUGCAGGCUGCGCGGCUAUCACAGAAGCCAGAACAGCAAGAGGGAUUGCUGCUUUCUCUGCGCAGCGAUCCCUCUUGCUGUUCUGGCUUCUGGGAUUCAGAAUAUUUUUUUUCUUGUUUUCCUCUUCCAAAAACUAGGUGCGUCUUAUAGAGCGAAAAAUACAGUAUCUAUUUUUGGGAUGGCGUCUUGUAUGCCUCCUUCCGGCAACUCCUGUAUAAAUAAUAAAUUAUUAUUAUUAUUAUUAUUAUUAUUAUUAUUAUGCCAAACAUCUUGCUCUGCUUUCCUUUGGACCAAGAGGGGGGUGGUCUUGUCAUCUGGGCAGCCUAGGACCUCCAUCCCCACUGCCCAGGCUUGCACCCCAUGGAGGCCACUUCCGUGCUGCUAACGCUGCAAAAACAAUGCAGGAAGCAACAGUUACGAGUUGCCGGCCUCUGCAGCCACAGCAGGCGCUGUGAUUCUCCAGCGGUUCGACUUCACCCCCCACCCCCCGGAGGCGCACUCCAUUGUCUCUCGAGACAGACAAACGUCAGCAGCGAAUGAAGAUCAGCCUGGAAAUGUAGGGGCAGUGUCCGAAGAAUGCUGCAGAACCAAGUGGGGUGUCUAAUGUUUGUGGGGGGAAAUCCCCUCCCCCCAAAGGAAGUCUUUUUAUCCCCACUCCAGUCACUGAUCUUGUCGAGUCACUGAUCUUGUCGAGAUUGACUAGAUGAUCCUUGGGAUCUGAUUCUGUGAUACCGCACUGCCCCUUUUCAGACAGACGGUUGCCAGAAAUUGCUCCAAACGCACCCCAUGCAGAGAUUCGGAGCCCGACUGCUGAGCUCCUCCUACUGUUUAGAACCCCUUUCUGUAUUUUGAUAGGGACGCGGGUGGCGCUGUGGACAGAGCCUAGGACUUGCCGAUCAGAAGGUCGGCGGUUCGAAUCCCCGCAAUGGGGUGAGCUCCCCUUGUUCGGUCCCUGCUCCUGCCCAUCUAGCAGUUCGAAAGCACAUCAAAGUGCAAGUAGAUAAAUAGGUACCGCUCUGGCGGGAAGGUAAACAUCGUUUCCGUGCGCUGCUCUGGUUCACCAGAAGCGGCUUAGUCAUGCUGGCCACAUGACCCGGAAGCUGUACGCCGGCUCCCUCAGCCAAUAAAGCGAGAUGAGCGCCGCAACCCCAGAGUCGGCCACAACUGGACCUAAUGGUCAGGGGUCCCUUUACCUUUUACCUGUAUUUUGAUGCUCACAUGCAUUCCUCUGCAUUUGAAACCUGCUGCUCCCCAUCCUGAGUUUUUGUGGGUUGUGGAACCACCCCAACAUCUCUAUUUUUCUGGGCUCCUCUGGCUGCAGGGCGGAAGGCAAGAUCAAGCACUGCCGGAUCCAGCAGGAGGGUCGUCUUUUCAUGCUGGGCAGCUCGGCGGAAUUCGAGAGCCUCCUCGACCUGGUCAGCUACUACGAGAAGCACCCGCUGUACCGCAAGAUGAAGCUGCGCUACCCGAUCAACGAGGAGACGCUGGAGAAGAUGGGCACGGCGGUGAGGGGGCGCUGCCCUGGCUGGCAACCUCUAAGGCUGCUGUCACCCCCAACUGGGCACCCUUCAGGUGUUUUGGACUACAACUCCCAUCAGCCCUUGGGAGUUGUAGUCUCAAACACCUGAAAGGCGCCCGGUUGGGGGGCAAAAGGUGCUUUAGAAGAUCUGGAAAUCCCCUUAAUGGAGCCCUUUGGGGGAUAAGCAGAUCUCAAUGGUCGCCUGGUCCAAGGGCGUCUUGCAUUUCCACACGGGGAAGAUUUGCUUGUGAUAAACAAAAAUCUGCCCUUAUUCCCUUAUGGGGAACACAAGAGCCAUAUAGAGUCCUUUGUAGGUUCUCCAUCGGUCGGAGAAAAUAACAGAGGCCAACCAGAGAAUAUUGAGAAGCAGAGCAGCUCGUAAGCCUGAUCUUUAUUAAACUGUUGCAACAGGGUGCUCCCCUCACAGACAGGAGAAAGGAGGAGGACCCAGAACAAAGGUGUGCCCGCCCUUAUAUAGACAUUUUAAAUUGCCCGCCCUGGAGUCCAAGACCACCCCCAGAAUCAUCAUACAUACAUCACAGAAGGGGUGUAGUCCAAGACCACCCCCUCCCCAGAUAUAUCAUACCUACAUCACAGAAAAGGCGGUCUACACCAGAAAUCUGAGUGCGUUGUUUAUCUCCUGUCUGGCAGGUUACCAGUUAAUGGUCACUUGAUUGGAUUGCCUGGGGAGCCUGGCCAGUCUUUUGUAAUGAUAAAUACUUAGUUCCUGAACCAGUUCACAGGCUCACCCUAUUUAUACACAGACAUACCCUUAAGACAGGAUUUGUGAACGAAAAGACAAUGGGGAGGCCUUUCCGUUUUCCUUCAACCUUGCAGAGAAAUAUUUGAGGUCAAUUUGGGAGGGACAAAAUGGUUUCAGGACUUUUUCUGUGGGGUUUCAGACACGUGAUUUAUAUAUCCAUGUACAGUGGUACCUCGGGUUAAGUACUUAAUUCGUUCCGGAGGUUUGUUCUUAACCUGAAACUUCUUAACCUGAAGCACCACUUUAGCUAAUGGGGCCUCCUGCUGCCGUCACGCCGCCGGAGCACAAUUUCUGUUCUUUUCUUAUCCUGAAGCAAAGUUCUUAACCUAAAGCACUAUUUCUGGGUUAGCAGAGUCUGUAGCCUGAAGCGUAUGUAACCUGAAGCGUAUUUAACCCGAGGUGCCACUGUACAUGCUUGGUUGGUACAUUUAUGAAUAUAUAUAUAAUCUUAAAUUUUUUAUUUCAUGCCCCUCUUGUUUUCUUCUGCUGUCACCCCAAAACACGGGGAAUAUUCAGGGUGGGCAGGAGGGGGAGUGUGCCAAAUUUCCUGAGUUUUCCUUCCAUGCAGCAACUGGGGUUUUCUCAGGUAGGACAGCCCCGGGAGAAGUUCUCCAUGCCCAGCCGUCGGGUGCCUUCAGAGGCAAAGAGGCUCCCUUCUGCCUGACUGCCCUGAUGGAAAUUUCUGGGGCUUUUGGUGACUUCUCAAUGGGAGGGGAGGAGCCAAGGUAGCUGCCAGCCGGGAGCAGAGAGGAGUUGGACCAGACAACUGUUUGGGUCCUAUUCCAACUCCACAAUUCUGUGAUUCAGUGCUGGCUGUGACAGUGGCCCUCCUCUUCCCUGCAGGAGUUGGACUAUGGAGCGCUGUACGAGGUGCGGACCCCUCACUUCUACGUGGAAGCCAACAAGAUGCCCACAGCCCGGGUGAGUGAGCAUGAAAGGCCCUUGGGAUGCUUUCUGCUCUUGGCUUGUUUCUAAUUCUGAAUAUCUCCAUAUCUCUCCUUUGCAUUCUCACAACCAUAAACAAAUUUGGGGAAUUCCCUAGCUUUUUUCUGGCCCACGUAGAACCAGUCUGGAUAGUUGGCCUUGGUGAAGAAUUGACGUUUUCAUCCCCCAAAAAGUUUUUGAUUUGAGCUUCUACUGAAAUGAGGCUGCAUUUUAAUGUUGUGCUUUAAUCUUGUUUUUAAGUUGUAUUUUAAUCAAUUGUUUUUAUACCUGGUGUUAGCCGCCCUGAGCCCGGUCUUGGCUGGGGAGGGCGGGGGUAUAAAUAAAAUUAUUAUUAUUAUUAUUAUUAUUAUUUAGGGAAACACAGGCGGAGGCUGCACGUAAAAUCAGUUAAAAUGAAAAAGCCGUUCCCUGUAUUUCCUGAACUGAGAAGACACAUUUCUCAGCAGCUUUUGCAGCUUUUGAUCUGGAUUUUUCUGUUGGCACAGAGUAUUUAUUCUCACAACUCUCUAGUCCUCAUGGUCUCGGUGGAAUAAUAAUCCUGGAUUGGACAAGCAUUAGGGCAAUCACAAAGUAUACUUUGGGCAACACGAAAUUAUUUGUGACUGACAAAUUAGAGGGUGGGCAGAGAGAAACUCACCAAUUCCAAACAACAUGUUUGCAAGCUUUCCUCUGCAGUCAUAAAACUAAAACCUUGUCUAAAGCACACAUAUAACAUUUUACUUGCUAUUUAUGUUAUUAGUUAAGUUUCCGUGUUUCCGUCACAGGGCAUAACCAAAACCACCGCAGUAAAGAUCCAUCUACUUAUGAAAUUAAGACAUGCAUAUUUCCAGCACUGUCAGUGAUUUAAGACACAAUCCAGAACAUGUGAUUCUGGAAGCUGUGUGCGAACCUUGGACAAAAGGUGUGUCCUGCAGCUGCCGUUUUCCUUGUGGUUUCUAGAUCACCAGGAUCAAGUGAAAGGCGAGCACUGGUAUCAGCUGGAAUCUAAGCAUUGCCAAGGCUUUCCGCAAAGAAAGCUUGAGAUUCUGCUCCAGGGCUCAAAUUCUGCCAUUCAUUCCCUGCCACAUCAAAUCGCCAAUGUUAGCAAACUGUGUCUGGACCACAGAAAGUUUCAGGGGGCUGAAUCUCCUGAUCCCAGAUAAGCGCUGGAUAGGACUGCAAGCAGUUAAGGGAGAAAUGAGACUUCUGGAUACUGCCCAAUUCCUCGUCCGUCCUUUAUGAAUCCUUUCCCUUGGCCCAGAUUUCCCAUUAGCCUAGCAAAAGAUGCACUCCAAUAUAUUUUAAAACCCCAACACUGGAAGUAAAAUAAAUAAGGCAGGACACACAAGGAUUGGGCGGAUGUAAUCCGCACAGGUUUGUUUGCUCGUUUGCAGUUUGCUCUUAAUUUUGAGACUGCUGCUUUUAGCACAAAUGUGGCGAUAACCUCUCUUGUCUGCAUCUCUCUUUUUUAAUAUAAUCUCUAUUGAUUUUAUGAUUACAUACUAUACAUACAGGGAUGCGGGUGGUGCUGUGGGUUAAACCACAGAGCCUAGGACUUGCCGAUCAGAAGGUCGGCGUUUCGAAUCCUCGCGACGAUGGGGUGAGCUCCAGUUGCUUGGUCCCUGCUCCUACCAACCUAGCAGUUCGAAAGCACGUCAAAAGUGCAAGUAGAUAAAUAGGUACCGCUCCAGCGGGAAGGUAAACGGCGUUUCCGUGCGCUGCUCUGGUUCGCCUGAAGCGGCUUAGUCCUGCUGGCCACAUGACCCGGAAGCUGUAUGCCGGCUCCCUCGGCCAGUAAAGCGAGACGAGCGCUGCAACCCCAGAGUCGGCCACAAUUGGACCUAAUGGUCAGGGGUCCCUUUACCUUUACCUUUACUAUACAUACACACAUUACUUUACAUUUACUCCUAGGAGUUGAUUUCCCUCCUUCCUUCUUCUGGCUUUUUUAUGUCGUCUCUAAGUUUUUUGCAUCGUCUUUAUCGAUUUUGUAUAUUGUUGUUCUUCUUUCAACUUUAUCCGUACAGUGUCUAUAUACAAAUAAAUCUUUCUGUAUAUACACGUUGUUUGUCUAUGUUCAUUUACAGAUACAAUUAAUUACCUUGAUUGUAUUCCACAUUUUAAUUCCUAUUGUCAUUUAACAUCCAGUCAAGUUUCUUUUAAUUUCCAUUCUACUGAUUUCACUAUUUCACCUUAUCCCUCUCUUGUCUUCAUCUUAGUGCACAGUGAAGGCCUUGUAUGACUACAAAGCCCAGCGGGAAGACGAACUGUCGUUCUGCAAACAAGCCAUUAUUCACAACGUUGACAAGCAAGAUGGAGGAUGGUGAGUCCUGGAGUUCAGGGCUUUUUUUCUAGAAAAAGAAGUGCUGGAACUUUUGCUGAGGACCCUCAAAGUCCCUUCCAACUCUACAAUUCUAUGAUUUUAUGCCGCUCCCUCAUUCCCGGCUGGCGGAUCCCAUCAUGGAAUCUCCUCCAACCUCGUGUAAGAGGAGGCAAGGAAAGGAAAGAGAAAUCUCCCCUUUCCUGUCUCCCCUGCUUUUUCUGGCACACUUUUUCUGCAUGGUGUUGACAAGACGGGUGUGUCUCUCUCUGUGUGUGUGAGUGUGAUGGUGUCUUUCUUAACCGCUCUCUUUCUGUUUCCCCAUCAUCUCCCCGGCUCUCCCCUCGCCAUAGCAUGCGGUGCCGGCCCCCCAGUGCCCCCCAAGUCAGUCUGCUUGCCUUGUUCCUGUUACCCUCUCUAGGUGGCGAGGAGACUACGGCGGCAAGAAGCAGCUCUGGUUCCCCGCCAACUACGUGGAGGAGAUCAUGAACACCUCUGUGCCGGAGCAGGAUGAAGCCGUGAGUUCGGACCCCUCUGAGUGAACCCUUUCUCUGCUGCCAUUUUUGACGCCCUCCCACUGGUACUGACAGGGGGACGCCUCUGUUUCCUCCCUCCCUCCCUCCCUCCCUCCCUCCCUCCCUCCCUUCUUCCUUCCUUCCUUCCUUCCUUCCUUCCUUCCUUCCUCCUUCUCUCCCUUCCUUCCUUACUUACUUCGUUCCUUCCUUCCUCCUUCCCUCCCUCCCUCCCUCCCUCUCUCCCUUCCUUCCUUCCUUCCUUCCUUCCUUCCUCCCUCCUUCCUUCCUUUCUUUCUUUCUUUCUUUCUUUCUUUCUUUCUUUCUUUCUUUUUUCUUCCUUCCUUCCUUCCUUCCUUCCUCCCUCCCUCCUUCUCUCCCUUCCUUCCUUCCUUCUCUCCCUUCCUUCCUUCCUUCCUUCCUUCAUUCCUUUCUUCCUCCCUCCCUCCCUUCCUUCCUUCCUUCCUUCCUUCCUUCUUUCUUCCCUCUCUUUCUUUCUUUCUUUCUUUCUUUCUUUCUUUCUUUUUUCUUCCUUCCUUCCUUCCUCCUUCUCUCCCUUCCUUCCUUCCUUCUCUCCCUCCCUUCCUUCCUUCCUUCCUUCCUUCAUUCCUUUCUUCCUCCCUCCCUCCCUCCCUCCCUCCCUCCCUUCCUUCCUUCCUCCUGAGCUCCCCCAGUUCCCAUCUGCACACCCAGAUCCCCAGUGUCGGCCCCCUUUACAGACCCGCUCCAAGAUUAUUAUUAUUAUUAUUAUUAUUAUUAUUAUUUAUUCAGUUUAUACACCGCCCUAUACCCGGAGAGGUCUCAGGGCUGUUCACAAACAAGACCACAACAUAUAAAAUCAAACCAAAAACAAUAACCCAAUAAAAAAACCCCAAAAGAGCCACAUUUUAAAAGUGUAUAGGAUGUCCAACAGAUCAACCAAAGGCCUGGUUAAAAAGGAACUUUUUGCAUGGCGCCUAAAAGUGUAUAAUGAAGGCGCCAGGCGAACUUCCCUGGGGAGAGCAUUCCACAGAUGGGGAGCCACUGCAGAGAAGGCCCCGUUUUCAUGUUGCCACCCUCCGGACCUCUCAAGGAGGAGGCACACGAAGGAGGGCCUCAGAAGAUGGUCUCAGGGUCCGGGUAGGUUCAUAUGGGAAGAGGCGGUCCUUGAGGUAUUUCAGUCCUGAGCCGUUCAAGGCUUUAUAGGUCAAAACCAGCACUUUGAAUUGAGCCCAGAAACUAAUUGGUAGCCAGUGCAGUUGGACCAGGAUCGGUGUAAUGAAGCCACUUGAGUUCUAUAUGGGGGCACCCCAGCCGUGCCUGCAACUCAUUGCUGGGAGGGGGGCCACUUGAAUGGGGAGAAUCCCACGUGACGGUAAAUUGUGCCAUUUUAGGGGAUGAAACCUAAUUUUUGCAAAUUUCUUCAGCUGGGGGUCUUAAAAAUAUGUUUUGGCAAUUUUACACAUGUUUUAUUUACCAAGCAAAACUAAAUUACAUAAACUUAACCAAAAUAUCCCUGGCCAUGUUGCAACUUUUGAGCACCCCUUAUUUGGGGAAAUUGAAAGCGGGGAUAAUCUGACACACCUUAAAAUUGCGGCUGAUUUCGUGGAGUAUGAGAUUUAUCAACGGCUCCUAGCCCCCUGUUUAAGAUGCGAGGCUAAUGAGUUUCUUGAUCCACCAUUACGCUGCUAGAAUCUGCAGCUAGAGCUCUGAUCAAUUGAACUGAUGGAUCAAUUGAGGUCUGCAGCCCGUGUUUGUACAAUGCCCAUUGAUUGUGGGGACGGGUGGUUAAAAGUGAAAUGAAUGUGGUUCAUUUAUGUGUUACUUUUGUGUCUGGGGAGCGUAGCAAGAGAAAGGUAGGGAUUGAGACCUCGAGGUAUCGCAGACCCCCUGUCUUUUGUUGGUUAACCGGCACAGCUUUAAAAACAAGAACAAUAAAUGAAAUCCUGAUUUCUCCCCUCUCUCUUUUUCUCUUGUUCAGUCUGUGGAGAACAGCCCUCUGGGCAACUUCCUGAAAGGUUUCGUUGAUGUCCCUUCCUGCCAUGUAGGUAAGUGUCUGAAGAAGCAGGGACUGGAAAAAGGAGGGGUUAUCGAUGCACCCCCUCCUUGGGGGAGAGGGACUGAGUUUGAAUCCAAACAGGACAGUAUCCUGGAAUACAACCUUCCCUGGGCGUGAAUCCUAGCACUGCUUGUUUGUGGUGGCGCUGUGGUCUAAACCACUGAUCCUCUUGGGCUUGCCGAUCAGAAGGUCGGUGGUUCGAAUCCCCGCAACAGGGUGAGCUCCCGUUGCUCUGUCCCAACUCCUGCCAACCUAGCAGUUCGAAAGCACACCAGCGCAAGUAGAUAAAUAGGUACCGCUGCAGCAGGAAGGUAAACGGCGUUUUUGUGCCCUCUGGUUUCUGUCAUGGUGUUCCGUUGUGCCAGAAGCGGUUUAGUCCUGACAGCCACAUGUCCCGGAAAGCUGUCUGUGGACAAACGCCUCCUCCCUCGGCCUGAAAGCCAGAUGAGCACCGCAACCCCAGAGUCGCCUUUGACUGGACGUAAUCAUCCAGGAGGGGGAUGCGGGUGGCGCUGUGGGUUAAACCAGAGCCUAGGACUUGCCAAUCAGAAGGUCAGUGGUUUGAAUCCCCGCAACUGGGUGAGCUCCCGUUGCUCGGUCCCUGCUCCUGCCAACCUAGAAGUUCAAAAGCACAUCAGAGUGCAAGUAGAUAAAUAGGUACCACUCCGGCGGGAAGGUAAACAGCAUUUCCGUGCACUGCUCUGGUUCGCCAGAAGCGGCUUAGUCCUGCUGGCCACAUGACCCGGAAGCUGUACGCCGGCUCCCUCGGCCAAUAAAGCAAGAUGAGCGCCACAACCCCAAAGUCGGCCACAACUGGACCUAAUGGUCAGGGGUCCCUUUACCUUUACCUUUUAACUGCCCAGGGGUCCUUUACCUUUACCUUUUACCUGCAUUUUAUAAAAUUUGCCUCCCACUUGAUUUUAGAAAACCUCAAAGCAGUUUGCCAAAGGAAUAAGGCCCUGAGGUUAUUAGUGAAGGGAAUUUAAACAUGCAAAAGGAUUGCUUGAGAAAUUAAUCUGCUAGGAGCAGAUGAGGGCAAAACACCUGUUCCCUCCUCCCAGUUGCGCUUGGAAGCUGCCAUUUGGAGACCCUGGAGCAAACGUGGAGGUUGGUGAAGUGAAGGACAUGAGCAUAGCUGCCAACGUUUCCCUUUUUAUAAGGGAAAUUCCCUUAUUCCGAAUAGGAUUCCUCGCAAGAAAAGGGAAAAGUUGACUGCUAUGUACAUGAGGCAGGAGUUGAUAAUGCAGGUGAGCUGUGCACAAGCAAGCUGCCGGCCAGCUCUGCUGAGGCUCUUUUUAUUAGCACAAUAUGCAAAACCAGUCAGAUACAUUUUGGAUACUGUGAGCUUUACACAUCUUCCAAUCCCGAGACCGUGGGGUGGUACAAGGUUAUGUUGGCACCUGUUUCCACCGUGCCAUUUUCCCCUUGGACAAUGUAUGACAAAAGAGACAAAGGUCACAGACAGACCACUAAGAGAGCAAAGGUUAGACAGAGGGCAUGAUGUUCAGAAAGCUGUGGCUUUGUCUAAGGGGGGUGGAGUGUGCUCCACAACCCAGCGAUCAUUCCUACAGGUUGGGUUGUUCGGCUUCCGCCAUCUCCCCAGGACGAGCCCGGCUUUGCCCAUCUCAACGGCAAGCCAAAUUGGCUGCGUUCGCUCGGAAACUGGAAGGCGCACCAGUCAAACUGAACUGGGACUGGGGAGCCUCGGUAGGAAUGUUACAGGAAAUUGUGGUGGGGUUUGUGGGGUUUAUCGGGGCAACGAAGAGAGAGCCUGUCCAUGCUGGCAGCAUCUUCUUCAGUGGCUGGCUUCCAUAGAAUCGUGGAAUUGUAGAGUUGGAAAGGGACCACCUGGUCCAGCCCCCCGCAACGGGAGUGCAGGAACUGUCGCUUGCCCUGCGUGCUCCUCCGCGGAGCAUUCCUGCGUUGAGAGCCUCUUCCAGUAAAGCCAACCCCUCUGAUGUCCUUGUAGUUAUCUCCAAAGACGGGAGGAGCUCCAAACCAUUUGUCUUCACCAUCCAUUCCCAGCAGAUGACCCACCCAUCCCAGUCGCUGGACGUGGCGACAGACACGCAGGAGGAGCUCAACGACUGGGUGGCCAAGAUCCGGGAGGCCACGCAGAAUGCAGAUGCCAGGGUGAGUCUUCCAAGAACUUGUUUUCCUCUGCCCUCUCCAACGCUUUUUCCUUUUGUGCCAUGGCUUUGAAAGCCUGAAGACAUUGUAAGCCUGAUGGGGGGUUGGUUUUUGCUGAUCCACAAGCCACUCUAGAAACCUUUCCAGAGUCAAUAAUAAUAAUAAUAAUAAUAAUAAUAAUUUAUUAUUUCUACCCCGCCCAUCUGGCUGGGUUUCCCCAGCCACUCUUGGUGGCUUCCAACAGAAGGUUAAAAAUACAGUAAAACAUCAGUCGUUAAAAACUUCCCUAAUCAGGGCUAAAUGAUUGCAAUGCGUGAACAGUUCCCAGAGUCUUGUGUUGGGGCCAUGAUAAUAAUAAUAAUAAUAAUAAUAAUAAUAAUAAUAAUAUGCUGCCCAUCUGACUGGGUUGCCCCAGCCACUCUGGGUGGCUUCCAACAAAAUAUUAAAACACAAAACCCACAAACGUUAAGAACUUCGCUAUUCAGGGCUGCCUUCAGAUGUCUUCUAAAAGUCAGAUAGUUGUUUAUUUCCUUGACAUCUGAUGGGAGGGCGCUCCACAGGGCAGGUGCCACCACCAAGAAGGCCCUCUGCCUGGUUCCCUGUAAUACCACUUUUUGCAGUGAACAACAACAAAUUUUAGCAGGUGCAUGCCUGAUAUCAACAGGUUUCAAAGUGUGGGCGCUGCCCCACAAAUGUGGAGUGGGUGUUUUGCGACAUUUAUAACAGUGCCAAUUCCGCCAAACAUUAUAGAUCAGUUGUACAGUACUGUUGUCAGCCGGCUCGCUCUAUUUCACGAAAGUACCGUACAGUGGUGCCUCGCAAGACGAAAAGAAUCCGUUCCGCGAGUCUCUUCGUCUUGCGGGUUUUUUCGUCUUGCGAAGCAAGCCCAUUAGAGGUUUAGCGGCUUAGCGCUACAGUACAGUAUUAGCGGCUUAGCCGGCUUAAAGAUCAGCUGAUAAGCGGCUUAGCAUCAGCUGUUAAGCGGCUUAAAGAUCAGCUGAUAAGCGGCUUAGCCAUCAGCUGAUAAGCGGUUUAGCGGCUUGGGGAAAAGGGGGGGAAAAGGAAAAAAACCCCGCAGGAACUCGCAAGACAUUUUCGUCUUGCGAAGCAAGCACAUAGGAAAUUCGUUUUGCGAAGCACCUCCAAAACGGAAAACCCUUUCGUCUAGCGGGUUUUCCGUCUUGCGAGGCAUUCGUCUUGCGGGGCACCACUGUAUUUUUCACCCUAUAGGACGCACUUUUCCCCCUCCAGAAAUGAAGGGGAAAUGUGUGUGCGUCCUAUGGGGCGAAUGCAGGCUUUCGCUGAAGCCUGGAGAGCGAGAGGCGUUGGUGCGCACCGACACCUCUCGCUCUCCAGGCUCCACGAAGCUACCCGCAAGCCUUGCGCACCCGGGGGAACUCCCCCCGGGCACGCAAGGCUUGCGGGCAGCAGCCUGCAGCGCGGAGCACGGGGCGCCCUUCGGAGGACGCCCCGUUCUUCGCGCAGGUGUCCGCAAGCCUGGCGCACCGGGGGACACGCCCCCCCGGCAGCGCACCGCUUGCGGAGGCAGCCUGCAGCGCGGAGCACGGGGCGCCCUCCGGAGCACGCCCCGUGCUUUGCGCAGGUGUCCGCAGCCUGCCGCCCGGCGCGUGGGGCGUGGGGCGCCCUGAAGCAGAGCACCCCUCGCGCCGGGCAGACAUCGGCCAGCCCCACAAGCUCGGGGGACGGCGGGGAGGCGCAGCGCCGCCAUCCCACUGUUCCCCGACCUGAUUUUGGGGGGGGGGGAAUAAAGGGGAAAAAAUUUUCCUUUAUUUCCCCCCCAAAAAAGUAGGUGCGUCCUAUGGGACGAAAAAUACGGUAAUUAUUCAUAUGGAUGGAUCAAAACGAACAGAUGCUCCGUGGAGUUUUUUCUGACCUUUUCUGCCGUUUGUGUAUCCUGUGCAGAUGCAGGAGGGGAAGAUCAUGGAGCGGAGGAAGAAGAUUGCCCUUGAGCUCUCCGAGCUGGUCGUUUACUGCCGCCCGGUGCCUUUUGACGAAGAGAGUGAGUCCUCUCCAUCUCCCAUCCAGUCCCACGUGCAAAUAGGGGGCAGACAGGCCCCGGGGGAAUCUCUUGACCCAUCAAACUCCUGUCUCUGGGUACCUGCUUCCUUCCCUGCCUGGUGCUGGGAUGCCCCUCAAGACCAUCUUGGCCUUUGAGCCAAGAGGAGUCCAACAGGUGCCCAAAAUUGGCUUGAAACUCCCCAAUAUCUGGUCAUUCAUUCAUUCAUUCAUUCGAGGGAGGAAUCUAAGGUAAUAUUCAGGCUAUCUGCCCAUCUACUUUUCCAAGCACAAUUCAAAGUGUUGGUGCUGACCAUUAAAGCCCUAAACGGCCUCAGCCCAGUAUACUUGAAGGAGCGUCUCCACUUCCAUCAUUCAGCCCGGACUCUGAGGUCCAGCGCCGAGGGCCUUCUGGCGGUUCCCUUGCUGCGAGAAGCCAAGUUACAGGGAACCAGGGCCUUCUCGGUAGUGGUGCCUGCCCUGUGGAACGCCCUCCCACCAGAUGUCAAAGAGAAAAAUAACUACCAGACUUUUAGAAGACAUCUGAAGGCAGCCCUGUUUAGGGAAGCUUUUAAUGUUGAAUAGGUUAUUGUAUUUUAGUGUUUUGUUGGAAGCCGCCCAGAGUGGCUGGGGAAACCCAGCCAGAUGGGCGGGAUAUAAACAAUAAAUUAUUAUUAUUAUUAUUAUUAUUAGCCACGUGCAGCCUCUCCUGGGCAGGGGAUGAAGGCUCCCGCUGCCCAGGAGAGACUGCGCGCGGCUAUCCCAUAAGCCAGGACAGCCAGCGGGAUCGCAGUGCAGCGAUCCUGCUUCCUGUCCUGGCUCCUGGGAUUCAGAAUUAUUUUUUUCUUGUUUUCCUCUUCGAAAAGCUAGGUGCAUCUUAUGGUCUGGUGCGUCUUAUAGGGCGAAAAAUACGGUAGUUUUCUUUCAAAAGAGAGUGUUUCCCAAACCCCGCUUGGACGGGGGGAAUCUGUUCUUUCUUUCUAGAGAUUGGCACGGAGAAAGCCUGUUACAGAGACAUGUCUUCCUUCCCGGAGACCAAGGCGGAGAAGUAUGCCAACCGUGGGAAGGGCAAGAAGUUCCUUCAGUACAACCGCCGGCAGCUAAGUCGCAUCUACCCCAAGGGGCAGCGCCUAGACUCCUCCAACUAUGACCCACUGCCCAUGUGGAUCUGUGGAAGCCAACUGGUGGCCCUCAACUUCCAGACCCCUGGUAGGUCAGCCCCCUUUCCUUACAGCAGCUGCGAUCAGUGGCUGAUCUCUCUCUUUUUUCCUUUUCCCUUUCAUUGCAAGAUUUAUUGACAUUUAGAAAAACAACAAUUGCCAAGCACCAGAAAGAAGAGGAAUAUCAAGAAGACUGGAAGAAAUUUAAGGACUAUUUGAAUAAAUAUUGUAAUGUAAAUAAUUAGAAGUCCCUUGAAAGUACCAAAUAGGCCUAGGAAUAAACUGGGAUUUAAUGAAAUAAAUGGAACCUAGAACACUAAGAAAAGUGAAUAAGAUAGAUAAUAAUUGGAAAUACUUUGUCUAAGAAUGAUAUUGGAAAGCUGUUACAUGCAGAUACAAUGAAAUUCAGAAGGUCAAUCAACAAUGUAAACAAAAUUGGAUCUUUAAGGGAUAUGGGAUUAAGAAUACUUUUUCUUAUUGUUGUGGUCUUGGUUCAGGUUUUUUUUUUUAGUAUUGUAUUGUUUUUUUAUUGGGUUUUUUUUGUUUUCCUUUUUUGUUAUCUUUUAUUUGUUAUAAUUGUGAAAAACUCAAUAAAUAAGUUUUUGGGGAGGGAAAUUAUCAAGGACAAAGCGUUGUCUUCCAGGACAAAUGCCCGUACGGAACGGAUCCCGUUCGUAUCCAGAGGUACCACUGUAGUCACUGCCUACUGACUAUUGUUUGCAACACAGGGGUUAAAUUGUUCCCUCUCCUUCUAGACAAGCCUAUGCAGCUGAACCAGUCGCUCUUCAUGCUGGGGGGCCGCAGCGGAUACGUGCUGCAGCCGGACAUCAUGCGAGACGAGCUCUUUGACCCCUUCGACAAGAGCAGCCUGAAGCACGUGGAGCCAAUCACCGUUCAACUGCAGGCAAGUGGGAAGAGGAGGAGGAAGAGGAGGAGGAGGAGGAGACUGGGGCGGCCCAGCUCCAGCUCCCAUCCGGUGCUUUUCGGCAGGGGAAACUGUGCCGUUCCUUUUACUAUGCACUGUUUUUGGGGGACAGGGGGCAGGCAGGUGUGGGGGACUCCCUGGUCCUGAAUGGGGUAACUGUGCCCCUGAAGGACCAGGUGCACAGCCUGGGAGUCAUUUUGGACUCACAGCGGUCCAUGGAGGCGCAGGUCAAUUCUGCGUCCAGGGCAGCUGUCUCCCAGCUCCACCUGGUACGCAGGAUGAGACCCUCCCUGCCCGCAGACUGUCUUGCCAGAGUAGUGCAUGCUCUGGUUAUCUCCCGCUUGGACUACUGCAAUGCGCUCUGCGUAGGGCUACCUUUGAAGGUGACUCGGAAACUACAACUAAUCCAGAAUGCGGCAGCUAGACUGGUCACUGGGAGCGGCAGCCGGGACCACAUAACACCGGUCCUGAAAGAUCUACACUGGCUCCCAGUACGUUUCCGAGCACAAUUCAAAGUGUUGGUGCUGACCCUGAAAGCCCUAAAUGGCCUCGGUCCAGUAUACCUGAAGGAGCGUCUCCACCCCCAUCAUUCAGCCCGGACACUGAGAUCCGGCGCUGAGGGCCUUCUGGCGGUUCCCUCCCUGCGUGAAGCCAAGUUACAGGGAACCAGGCAGAGGGCCUUCUCAGUGGUGGCACCCGCCCUGUAGAACACCCUCCCAGCAGAUGUCAAAGAGAACAACAACUACCAGACUUUUCGAAGACAUCUGAAGGCAGCCCUGUUUAGGGAAGCUUUUAAUGUUCGAUGCAUUACUGUAUUUUAAUAUUUUGUUGGAAGCCGCCCAGAGUGGCUGGGGAAACCCAGCCAGAUGGAUAGGGUAUAAAUAAUAAAUUAUUAUUAGCAAUAGCAUUAGCAUUUGCAUUUGCUUCCGAAUGCCACUAGCUGGAAACCACAGGAGGGGAGAGUGCAGCUCUCGCACUCGGAUCCAGCUCUCGGGUUUCAGGUUGGCCAACAUGAGAACAGGAUGCUGGGCCUUUGGCCUGGUCCAGUAGGCCCCUCUUAAUGUUCUGACAUCUUACCCUUUCCACCUAGCUCAAUGCCCCACUUCUCCUCCCCACAGAUCCUGGGGGCUCGGCACCUCCCCAAGAACGGACGCAGCAUCGUUUGCCCCUUUGUGGAGGUGGAGGUCUGUGGCUCCGAGUUCGACAACAGCAAAAACAAGACGGAUGUCGUAGGUGAGAAGGCCUGUCUCCUCAGCUGCGGUUGAGAGACAGACAAGACAAACAGAUUACUGGCCUUUCUCUUCCCGCAAAGCAAAACUAGAGCUCCUGGCUGGUUUGCUCUCAUGAUGGGGGGGCUUGCCCCCUCCCACCUGAUCAUAGCAUGUGUAUCUUCUGAGUCAUUUCCUACAGUCUUGUGGCUUUGCAUAGUUCCUAGUUUCCCAGAGGUGGGGUAAGCAAUUUGUGUUUGUGACAGUUUGAACGACCCAUUCAUUUAAGGUUAUAGCAAAUUCAGGUUAAAAACCUCCAAGCCUGCUACCUUCCAGGGGAGUUUGUUCCCCUCUCAAAUGGCUCUUGCCAUCAGAAAGUUCUCCCUAAUGUUGAGUCGGAAUCUUCUUUCUUGUAACUUGAAGCCAUGAGUUUGAGUCCUGCCCUCUGGAGCAGGAGAAAACAUGCUUGCUCCAUUUUUCAUAUGACAUCCCAUCCUAUAUUGGAAGAUGGCUAUCCAUGUCUCGUCUCAGUCUCCUCUUUUGCAGGCUAAACAUACACAGCUCCUUCAACUGUUUCUAGACCCUCUAUCAUCUUGGCCGCCCUCCUCUGCACACCUUCCAGCUUGUCGAUAUCCUCUUUACAUUGUGUUGCCCAGAAUUGGACACAGGACUCCAGGUGGGAUUCAGGGGUCUGGGCUUCCUCCCAAUCUCCUUGUUUCAUUUUAAUUUUCUCCUCCCGGCUCGCAGCUGACAACGGCCUCAAUGCGGUUUGGCUCCUCAAGCAAUUUGUCUUUGACAUCAACAACCCCGAGUUUGCCUUUCUGCGCUUUGUGGUCUACGAGGAGGACAUGUUCAGCGACCCAAACUUCUUGGCUCAAGCCACCUUUCCUGUCAAGGGCCUCAAAACAGGUAUGGGCUGGAUCUCUGCCACACACACAAACACACACACACACCACUUCCUUUCCCACACUGAUUCAUGGCUCUCUCCCCCCAUGAUCCAACAGGGCUCAUUCUCCUUUUUUAAAAAUAAAAUAAUAAUUUUUAUUACGUUUUCAGUUUUUGUAAUCACAAUAUCCACACAUACAUCAAUAAACUCAAACCUCGCUCUCACCAGAGCAUCGACCUCCUCCCUCCCCUCUUCCUGACUUCCGUAUAUAUUUACUUUAAUCUUAGCAUUUCUAUAACCACUUUUUUACCUUCUCUCUUUGUUUUUAUAUUUCUCCUUGUUAAAUGUAAAUCAGUUCCUUAUGCUGUCAUUACAAAACAUUUCAACUCAAAGCUACAAACGUUUUCAGUUGUUUACAAUAUUCUUUCAUAUAUUAUAUAAAUUUGCUCCAGUCCUUUUGAAACAGUUCGUCAUGCUGAUUCUGGAUCUUCCCCGUCAGCUUUGCUAACUCAGCGUAUUCCACCAUCUUACUCCGCCAUUCUUCCAAUGUUGGAAUAUCCUGUGAUUUCUGUUUCUAUUCUCUGCCCCCGUCCCACUGGCCGCGGGUGCCGUGGAAAUGAUGGAGUGGCCCAGUGGGCCUUCCUUGGCAGUCGAUAUUUUUAUAUUAACAGUAUUAUUAUUACUGUUGUUGUUAUGCGAGAAGAAAAGGCUAAGGCAGGGUUCCCCAAACUUAGGCCUCCAACCGUUUUGGGACUACAAUUCCCAUCAUCCCUGACUGCCCAUCCUGGUGAUGGGAGUUGUAGUCCAAAAACAGCUGGACAACCCAAGUUUGGGAAACUCUGGGCUAAGGAGUAAACUCUACACAAAUCCAGAGAGAAGUCCCCAAGACGGUUGGAAGGUGUCUUGUACGCCUCCUUCCGGCAGCGCCUGCAGACCAGCUGGUGCCCAAUUUAUUGCUCCGCUUUCGCUUGCGUUCAACUGUGGUCUCUGCCUGCAGGUUACAGGUCGGUGCCCCUCAAGAACAGCUACAGCGAGGACCUGGAACUCGCUUCCUUGCUGAUCCACAUUGAAAUUGUCAAUGCCAAGGUAAGAAAGAUGCUUGCGGUAUCUGAUAGGCUGCUUCGCCCUCCACUGGCAGAUGGGCAUCUAAGGCCCCGGGGUGCAAUGAGUUGCCCAUGGUUAAAAGCAAGAGUCUGUAAUUCUGCGUGGACCCUCUUGGCUUUGACCUUAGCAUCAAAAUACUUAGAGAAAGGAGCUGCGUUUGCUGAGAAAAUGUGGUUGUGGUUCUCUCAGGGUUUCAAGUUAAAAUGCAUUUAAGAAGUGUCAUAAUUUUUCCUUUACUGUUUUAUCUUUUGGGGGGUGGGUUGUGUGUAAGAUUUUUAUUAAAUUUUCUGUUUUACAAUUUAGAAUGUUCAUUUAAACAACCUUAAAAUGUCCAUGACUUCCUUUCUUCUCUUUCCAUGGUUCAUUUUGCAUAUCACAAAUCCCUGCAUAUUUUACAUAGACUAAACCAUUCAGCAAUCCAUUAUUACAUCCAUCAAAACUUUUUUACACUGUUGGAUUCAUCUUAAUGCUGCCGACAUUUUGAAGUGUACACAAUUCCCCUCACCAUAUAUUCAGUAAACAUUUUCCAAUCUUCUUUAAAUGUAUGCUCUUCUUGUUAUAGAAUAAGAGAACAAGAGAACAUAUAGAAUAUGUUAGGUCCGCAAGCUGCGCAUAUUCCAUCAGUUUAGGUUGCCAUUCUUCUUUAGUGGGGACCUCACUCGUUUUCCAUUUUUGAGCCAACAGAACACGGGCCACAGUAGUGGCAUACAUAAAUAACUUUUUAAAACCUGUUUUAUCUUUUGUAAACCGCUCUGAGGUUUUCCGCAAUCAAGUAGACACAUUUUUGUCUACUUGAAGAAGCCAUAGUCCGAUAUGAAAAAUACAAAUAUUUAGGUUACAAAACUGUAAAAAUAAAGAAAAAUUAAGUUUGCAAAACAAUAAUUACCAUGUGGUUAGGGCAGAUCAACAUGUCAGUGUCUAUCCCCAGUGUAAAUACGACAUAUCGGCAAAAGUCGGAAAUUGCAUGAUAACUAUAGCAUGUAUACGAAAAUCGAUUUCAGAUUUGAAAUCAGCAUUGAAAGAACAUACAGUGGUGCCUCGCAAGACGAAAUUAAUCCGUUCCGUGAGUCUCUUCGUCUUGUGGUUUUUUCAUCUUGCGAAGCACGGCUAUUAGCGGCUUAGUGGCUAUUAACGGCUUAGCGGCUAUUAACGGCUUAGCGGCUUUAAGAAAAAGGAAACAAACUCGCAAGAACUUGCAAGAUGUUUCGUCUUGCGAAGCAAGCCCAUAGGGAAAUUCGUCUUGCGGAACGACUCAAAAAACGGAAAACUCUUUCGUCUAGCGAGUUUUACGUCUUGCGAGGCAUUCGUCUUGUGGGGCACCACUGUAUAAGAACAGUUGAAAAAUCUCACACAAAAGAAAAAGGGGGAAAAAUUGUUCCCCAGUAUACUGUGUAUCCCAAGGGAAUACAUUUUUUUACAUACCUCCAAUUUGUACAUAGAUAUACAUGUCAUUUUCAAUGCUAUAUAUGUCAUGUUCAGUGCUAUAUAAGUCACUUACAUUUAUGCUCAUAUUGUACUACUUUGGCUAUGUGUUUAAUAAAAUAUUGAAUUCUUGCAUUGUGAAAAACAAAGAUCAUGGUGAAAAGUGAAAAACAUGAAUUGUAAAAAACCCCUAGAGCUUACAGAACAAAACCAACUUCAGAUAUGAAAUCAGCACGUCGAAAUUAGGUUAGAACAACUGCAGGUGUGAAUGCAACAAAAAUUUUGUCCCCCAGUGUAAUAGUCCAAUCCCUUGCGAUAAAUGCAAGCUGGUGCCUUGGAAGCUGCAAGGCAAGGCAGUAGCCCCCCUCUGGGGCUCAGGGCUUUGCCACCCACAGCAGUUCCUCUGUGUGUUGCAGGAAGAAGACGAUGAGAACCUCUACUCCUCCAUCCAGCAAUUGCGCGACCGCGCCAACGAACUCUCCAACCAGGUAUCCGGCUUCGAGCACAGCAACAACAGCGACUCUCGCUACCAGCAGCGGCUGGACGAGCUGCGAGCGGCUCAGGAGCGCCUCAUGGAGCUGACGGAAGUGCGCAACAGGAAGUGAGUGGGCGCCACUGGGCUCUCCCUUCCGGAGGAGUCUUGCGAGGUUCUCCCUCUGCCCUACAACCCUGCAAUGUAGCCUGAGCUGAGAGUUGGUGAUUGGCCCCAAGAGCACGGAGACCUGUGGAGAUCUGAACCCAGGACUCCUGGGUCCCAAUCCGGCACUCUGUAACCGCUAUGCUGCCUGCUCUCUUUAAGUUCUCGAGGAGAAAGCUGGCCAAAAUGUAUAGGUGCCAGGAAAUUUUUUGCUGGAAAUGCAACAUGAAGGAAGGGAACUUCCUACACAUGUGGUGGUCCUGUGCUAGGGUUAAGGCCUUCUAGGACAAUAUACGAUAUACGAUAUCUUUAUUGUCAUUGUCCCAUGUAGAACAAUGAAAUUGAAAAAUUACAUAAAACUACAGAAAAACUACAUAAAACUACCACAAAACUACAUAAAAACUACAUAAAACUACUACAACAAAACUACAUAAAACAUUCAAAAACCCCUAAAAACUCUUAAAACCCCAUUUUAAAAUACACUAUACUAUAAAGACCCCUUAUGCUGCAUUUAGAACCAGAAUUGCAUUUGCGUAGAAACUGUUUCUCAGGCGGCUAGUCCUGGCCAUUAUUUACAAUGAAUUAAAAAAAUACUAAAAUAUAACUUUAGUAAAAAACCAGAGGCAUUUCUGUUAGGGCUAUUUGAUGAAGAAAUUAAUAAAAAAGAUGUAAAUUUAUUAAUGUAUGCCACAACGGCAGCGAGAAUCCUCUUGGCUGAAAGGUGGAAGCAGCAAGAGAUCCCUACAUUGAAAGAUUGGAGACUAUAAAUGGUAGAAUUUGUGGAGUUGGCGAAGCUGACGAGGAGAAUUAGGAAUCGUCCCGAAGAAAAAUAUCAAAAGGACUGGAACAAAUUUAGUUAUUACUUGAAAGAAAAUUGUAUUCAUUUAAAAACGUUUGUAGCGUUAAUGUGAAAUGUUUUGUAAUGUGAAAUUAUGAUGCUGAUUUAUAAAUAAGAAUGUGAUUUUUUAAGGUGAUUAUAAGAUAAAGAAGUGAUUAUAGGAAUGCGAAAGAUAUGUUAUAGGCUAUAGGGAUGUCAGAAAGAGAAGUAGAAGGAAGUCAAAGCUCACUUUAAGCAAAUAAGAUGUUGUGAAUCUGUGCACUGAAUUAAAAUGAAAUAUGUAAAAACUCAAUAAAAAUUAUGAUUAAAAAAAAGUUCUCGAGGAGAAGCUCCCAGGCCCACUCAGACGCCAAUCAUUCUCAACAACAACAACAAUCUUUAUUACGGUCCAGAGACCCAACAAAUCGUUACAAAGCAAUACACAAUUCAUACAGCCUACCUCCAGGUUAAACAAGCAUUUUGUUCAGACUUAAAGAUAGGGAUCAUUGGUUCUUGCAACCACCGAUAAAAACUUCACCACUGCUAAUGUUCCAGUGUUUGUCCAGUCUUCCAAUAGGAACCUUACAUAGUGAGCCUCUGAUUUUCCCGGGAAAGGUACCAGCAAGGGUAGUAUCAGUUCAGCCCUGGCUUGCUCAUAUUUUGCACAGUGCAACAAAAUAUGUUUUAUGGAAUCGAUGUCUUGAGCACACGAGCAAAGUCUGUCCUGGUAGGGAACCCACCUGCCAUCCAACACUGCAGAAGGAAAGACGUUUAGUCUGGCUUUGGUGAAAAGCCUUCACUAGUUUGGUACUGUCAGGUUUUUAAUGUAAGAUGUUAACUUAAAGACAUGCCCAUAUUGUACUCCUACUGCCAGCGGACUACAGACUGCGCGUGAUCGAGAUCGCAAGUCACUGUGUGUAUUAUCCCAUAAUUUUUGCUUUAAUAUCUUUUGGGCACCUUCAUAACCCAGGUAAUACAGUUGGGGGGGGUGACAGACCAAUAGAGGUGGCUUUUUUAGCCAUGGUUUUCUGCCAUUUGCUGACAAAUUCCUCAUUGGUCAGGUGUUGGUACAAACCCUUCCCUAGAUCAAACACUGAAAUCCUGAGCCAAUGUUUUAGGGCAGCCCACCACGCUUUAGUUGACAUUGGGCAUUCACCAGCUUCUAACAGAAGUAUGGAGUUGGGGACAGAGUUGGGUACCUGCAGCAGAGAUCGUAGAAAUUUUGCCUGAAAGCCAUCUAGCUUUGGCAGGUCCCCAUUAUCAUUCUCUUUGUUUUCCCCAACGCAGGUUGAUGGAGAAGAAGAAGCGAGACCGGCAGCUGGCCAACAAGCGGAACUGAAGCAAGGCCAGCGUCCCUGGCUCGCCCCUGCCGCUGGGGGGCCUGGAGGCAGCCUCUUCCUUCUCCCCACCAAGCCCCAAAAUGGCCUUUCCCACCAGCCACUGCCUAGACAGUUCUCUGCUGCCCAAGUCCCAGCUGGCUGGCUUCCUGGCACUGGGGGCAGAGGCUGAAGUGGCCACAGCAAGAGCACCCCCCAGGGGUGAUGGGAAGCAGGAAUCCGAGCAGACUGACCGCCUGCGGGGAUGGAGACCCCCCAAGUUCCCGCAGGCCCCAUUACGGACGUCGGACGUGGGCCUUGUCGAAAAGUUUGCUUGAGCUUAAUUUUAACCCGUAGCGGCGGAGCUGGGCUUUUUAUUACUUUUAAUUUAAUCAUUCCACCCACCCCCCGCUUAAUCCUGGCCACUUUAUGGUCGCAGCUUGGAAGAAGUCUCUGGUGUCACUUGCAGGACAGUUCCUACACCUAACCCCGCACAUUGCAAACCUGCAGAGGCCGAAAAGCUGUAGUAGUAGGAAUCCGGGGCAGAGGAAAUUACAGCUGGAUGCAGAGGACUUGCAAAGGGAAGCUGUGAAAAAUAGAUCCCGUGGGGUGAUAGUUAGACAUCAAAGGUUACUGAGCGGGAGGAUCAGUUGGUGGGGGCAGGAACAAGAUGCACCCUUUCCUCCCCAGAGAGGCAUAUUGAGUCUGCUGUGAAUACAGAUGUGCCUCACAGCGAGCGAGCGCCUCUCCAUCCUUAAGCACAAAAGUUCUCUGUCCGCAAACCUCGCUGUCACGAUGGCUGCACUCUGUCUCGGAGGCAGUGGUCUCCUGAGUACCGGUUGCUGGAAGCCACAAGAGGGGAGAGUACAGGUCUUGCGUUCGAAUCCUGCUUGCAGGUUUCAAACAAGGGGCAUCUAUCUGGCUGGCCACCGUGAGAACGGGAUGGCUGGACCAGAUGGGCCGUUGGCCUGAUCCUGCAGGCUCUCCAUACGUUUGAUCCGGAAUAGAUCUCGUUUAUUUUGAGGGGGCUUAUUCCCAUUAAGCGUGCACAGCACAGAAUACGGCAGCCGUGGUAUAUUUAUUUAUUUAUUGCUGGAAGGGAGGAAGUUCCCUUGCUCCCGCUGCCUUUCAGUUGAGAAUAUCCCCCAGUGUUUCCUGUUGUUGCAGAGAGUAGGCUCUGUCCUGCUGUAUCUCAGACACCAGGAAGGGAGUUGGCCCAGGGACUGUGAUCGUGGCUUUGCACCAUCUGGCCUUGAUAGCUUGGCUGCCUUAUUAAGUGUCUUCAAAUGGAAGUAGGGAAAGGGCCUGCAGGCGUUGUGGGGAGAAGCAAGCCCUAAGAAAUGUCAUUUGUUUGAGGAGGAACAUCUGGAUUCGCCACCACUUUCACUUCAGCUGUCGGCAGACUCCUGUAAUUUCUUUCACUGGGGGCUUAGCACACCACAGGGCAAGCCAUGGUAGGAACAGGCACGUGGUAGGAGACCCCCCACCCUACCCCUAGCUGUCUCUUUUACAUCCAUACUGGCCAGAGAGAGAGGGAAGCUAUGGAGCACAUCAGUAAAUCAUAGUAAAAAUACCGCUCCACAUUUUUGGUGGUGGGUCGAAUUGAAAACUUCCCUUCCUCUGCUCGGAAGGAGUCACGAAACCAGAGCUUUCCAAACUUUGCACGUCGGUGGCACACGUUUUAGACAUGCAUCAUUUUGCGACACAGUAAUUCACUUUUACCAGCAAGCCUAAACUAACCCCUUUCCAGCCCCGGGAGCAGUCCUGUGACAUCUAUACCUAUGUUUAGGGAAGUUUUUAAUGUUUGAAGUUUUAUUCCUUUUUUUAGUCCUCUGCUGGGAGCCGCCCAGAGUGGCUGGGGAGACCCGGUCGGAUGGGCGGGGUAUAAAUAAUAAAAUUAUUAUUAUCAUUACACACUGCUGCCGACACACUAACGUGUCGCAACACACCGUUUGGAAAGCUCUGCCAUAAACAUUUGCAUUUUGAGAAUCUGUGUUUCAGAGGAGAUGUCCAAUGUCUUGCCCCUGGUCCCUUAGUAGGACGGCAAGCCAAGGCGUCACCGUUCACCUUAGUGAGUUCUUCCUUCUUUCCCAGGGAAAGAAUUCCAGGGAUUCUGCAGUAGAAUCACGUACAACGAUAAAGCAAACCCCAACAGCUGUGUCCUUCCUACCGAUUGCAGAAUUUGGGCCAUUUUAGAAGCCUAACCCAGGGCCUGAUGCUGGGGGGGUGGAAUUCUGCCAAAAGUCUACACGCACUGGAAUUGAGCCCACGAGCAAGUGACUCCCCCAAAUCAUUGUGGCUUAUAGUGGCAGCUCCCAACUCACAGGCUUCAUGGGAAGGCAGAAAGCUCCCGCUGCUACUAUGAGGCCUGUUUGAGUGAUGAGAUGGUCUUAGGAGAGGUUCUGGUGAAGUUUUGUUGAUGGGGAAAGUUGGCCUGUAUGCAGAAAUGGAAAGCUUUGUGCAGAAAGACCAAAUGUACAGGUAGAGAAACAAGUCCGAAUUGGCAGAGUUAAGUUUGCGAGAAAAGGGCUGAAGCCACAGGAAAAUCGCUGCUGCCCAAACCAGGUUGAGAGGAGUGGGACAUGUCUGCGGGAGUCCUCCUGCAAACCCACUCGCCCAGUGAUGUUUGUGCAGGAAAGUUGUGGCCUGUAGGGAAGAGGGAAGGUGAAGGUGGCUGUGAGAAGCUGGCAAGGAGAGCGAAGAAGAGACCAGGAAGAUCCCAAGUACCAGAUUUAUUGGUGGGGUGGCUAGCUGCAUUCUGCCAAACUCUUGCUGUUUGAGCUAUCUUUGCAGCCUAUUCCUUUGCUGUGGUGUGAGGGAUGUCCUGAGCUCUUUAAAAAGGGUCUGGUAGAGAGGUGGGGGCAUUUUAGGACCUCGCAGGACCAUGCAGAAAUGACCACCACGAAGCACUGAUAGGGCCUGGAGCUGCGGGGUGCAAAAAAAGUUUAGAGAGAAGAGCAGAAUUGUCUUCCUUCAGAUAAGUGGAUGCCAAAGCUAGAGAGAAGCAGCUGCGAGGAACUCUGCACAAGCCACACCCCAGAAUAUUUUGUCACAAGCAGGCUGAGGAUUCUAACUUUGGCUGUUUAAAGAGAAAACGGAACAUGCAUUCCAAAGCAAGGAUAAGCGUUGACAUGCUGGGGAAAUCUCGGCUGCUAGAAAAGGGCCGGAGGCGAAAUGCAACAAGCCAGAGACUUAAUUUGGCUUCACCUUGCAGAUUUACCCUGCAGGUGUUGAGAAGGGCGGCGGUUCCAUGCCUGGAAUGCUUGCUCCGUCUUCCUCCCCAUCCUGGCUCCUUCCUUCCAUGGGCACAGAUCAGAGCUAUGGCAGAAGGUCCUUUAAAAGAGCAUUAGGCAAAUUCAUGGAGGGCUAUUGAUGGCUGCUGGCCAUGAUGGUUCUGGUCUGCCUCUGCGGUCAGAGCCAGAAAUGCUUCCAAAGACCAGUUUCUGCGAUCUCACAGGAGGGGGGAGAGCUCUUGUGAUCGAAUCCUGCUCGUUUGUUUGGCCACUAUGAGAACAGGAUGCUGUGCUAGGUGAGACCUUGGCCUGAUCCAGAAGGGAAAGGCUUGUGUUCUCUCAUCCGGGCCACCAGAAUAGCAUUGCUUUAACUCCCUUCUUCACUUACUUUGGCCAGAGAGGGGCAGGGAGAGAGAUGAUGUACCACAACGACCACAUUUAAAACCCUGUUGCCUCAAAGCAGGCAAUAGGUUCUGCCCCCUGCAGGGGACCAGACUUUGCCUAGCCCUGCCUUGAAAGCAAGGGUGUGGUGCUUCCUACUCGUGUGUAACUUCCCCUAUGGAAUCAUAGAAUCAUAUGGACUAUGGAAUCAUAGCUCAACCCCCUGCAAUGUAGGAACCUUUUGCGCAGUGAAAGAGGCUCAAAAGAGAAUGGUCAGUGCUAUAAGUUUGCAAGGAGAUGACUUGGGCAGCUGGCUGGCUGGGCCUCUGCAGUAGCUGCCGGUCAAGGGAAUUUGGGUUAACUGUGAUACUGACCCUUUGCAUGUUCACAUCAUCAAAAGCAGAUUCUUCCGACUAAUUUCAAAACCUAGUAUCAGUGGUUGUCUCUUUUGUAAUUUACACGGGGCUCGAGGGAGGGCACAAGCGAGCCUCGCCUUGGCCAGAGCCAUGAGUUCCAGUUUACCUACCAUCCAUGCCUUUGAACCUGGAGACUUCCUAGCUCUUCAAUACCACGGUUGCCGGACAGGCUGCAGACCACAUGGGGCGAUGGAGGAAAAGGCUUGAGGGAGCAGGUGAAGUUUCUGAGCACUACUCAAUCUCAGUGUGCAGGCAGAAUCCACCUCCCAGUUAGAAGAACCCAACUCGAAGCUUCUUUUGUGGGAGGGUUGCUUACGCAGGGUGGGGAGAUUCGCCCCGACCAAGAGGGGAGGGCACAACAAGCACAAGAGAGUCAGCAAAUAUAGCAGCACUGUUGUUGCAAAGAGAUGUCCCUUCCAGUGCCACUCUGGGGAGGGACCCAUGUACCCUUUGUAUGAAAAUAAAAUCUAUUUAGCCAGUAUUUAUACAGAAAAGUGCUUUGCCUGUCUGGCUUCUUUCCUCUUCCUGUCAAGGGUGCGGUUGUGCUUUCAACUUCACAAACAUCCACUUAGCUGCC